GGCUCGAACUCCUGAGGGCGCGUCGCGCUCGUUUAGUGUGUAGAGGGAGAAAGCGCGCGCUGCGGGAGCCGCCACUUCCAGCAGGCCGGCGGCGGCGGCGCACUGAGGGGCGUCCCUGUCGCGACGGGAGAAGCGGGGUCAGGGUGGCAACCCCUCUGAACUGACGGGAAGAAGCGGCUGCCUCCCUGCGAGAGGCAAAGCGAGGGACCAUGAAAGGGGGAUACAUUUUGGCUGGCCUGGCGACCUGGUGGUGGCUCAUCUGCAACCCCUUUGCCAGCUGCGGUGCCACGAAGGGCAGCGUGCCUCGACUUCGCCUCUCAUCUAAAGGUAAGCUUAUGAUUACCACCUCACUCAGUAGAAAGCAUCCCCCCCUUUGGAAAAAAAAAAUCAUAUUUGAUGCCCGCCUUCUUUUCUUAUUUAGCCUCCAAAUAAUCUUUGGAGGUGGGACUUUAAUGUUCCCAUUUUACAGAUGAGUAAUGGAGGCUGAGAAAGUGCGGCUCGAGCGAGUCGCAUCCAUGGGCCAGGCAGUCGAGGGAAGUGUUAGGUUUUGAACCCUGUUUUUCCAAAGAAAGCCAAGUCUGCCUCCACACCUGAAGCUUCUGUGUGUAUGGGCGCUUUCAGAAGACCUGUUUCAUUCAUAGUGAUUUGUUUGCAGGGGAAUCAGGCAACAUGGGUGGUGUUAAGGAGCAUUCAUUCUGAAAUGUUUGUGGGGAGGUUAGAAGAUGUUGUAUCAUACCUGAAAAUAAUGGCAGUCUGGGACUAUAUGGACCUGGCGGAAAUGACUGGCAGAAUCCAAGACCAGGGAGAAGAGUCGGUGGAAGAAGAUUGGAAGAAAUUUAAAGACUAUCUACAGAAAUACUGUAAAAUUAAUGAAUGUUAGAAUGAUGUUGGAAUGAAGCUAAGGGGUUUUUAGCAGCAAUGUUACAAGGAGUAUGUAAAAAUGGACUGCUAACAGAUGAGAAUAUACAGUUAUUACAUAUUAAGACAAAGGUCUAAGAUAAAAACAGAGGGAAAGGAUUUGCUGAAUUAACUUACUGAACUGGAAUACAAAAAAGGGGAGGUGUGAGGAGGUCAGGGAAACAAGUGAAUGAAAGACAAGAUAUGGAAAGAUUGAUUUGUUUUUAAUUGUUUUUACUUUUUUGUAUUUUGUAUUCUCUUCUCUCUUUUUUAUUCUUUUUUUCUUUUUCUUAUUAUUACUAUUGUAACUUCUUUUUUAUUUUUGAAACUUUAAUAAAUAUUUUAUAUAAAAAAAAAUAAUAUAAUGGCAGUCUGGAAGCGCUGUGUGUAUGUGUGCGUAUACGUGUUUCCAGCUUAAGUUGGUUAACAAUGAGAAUGUGGACACACAACCUUGGCCAGUAUCUUUCUGCUGUGUGUUGGUCCUUCACCUGUACCACAACAAGUACAGGAGAGGCUUAGAAGUACUUCUUUGUUUUCAUGCAUGACACCAAUCCAACAUUUUAUCCUCUAGAACAUACUAACAGCUCUCUCUCUGUGUCUCAGUAGUUCAGGCUGGGAUGGUCCCAUGUGCACUUUUUUGUUUGCUGAGUACCUUAUUGGCUCCCAGUUGCCACAUGGAGAUUCUUUGGACUAAGUUCCACAUUCUUCAGAGAGGUGGCGGAUGAUAGAAUCCAUUGAAGAGCUUUGAUCAUGACUUAUUUCCUGAGUUGAAUAAGAGAAGGUGUAAGAACAGGGAUGGCGGGUGAGGGAUCUUGGCAUUGGGUGGGAAGCAAUGCCUGGCUGGGUUGUCGAAGUGUGCAAGUGUCCUAGGGAUCAAGAACAGGAAGGUUGUGAGAAUGAAGUAAUAUAGGUGGUUGUGGAGAAAUGGGGGCAAAGUUGCAUACAUGUCAGCAUCCGUAUUUUCUCCUCUGUGUGCUAUCUCUUGCUAUGUAUGUAGCACACAUUUGAACAGAUCAUUUCCAGGAACACUCAUUUAUGAAAUGCAGCACAUAUAACGCAUGCCAAAUGUACAUGAAAAUCCAGCAGAGGUGCCAACUGAAUAGGAAGGAAAAACCAGCCAGCUUUGGUCUUGCGCCCUUAACAGCAGCUGCUUGUGCAGAAAUCAGCAGGUGAAGCUUUUUACAGCAUGACAGUGAACAUUAUCUCUUGAUAAUAACUGCAUAAAGUAGUUAUUGCUAAAGCACAGCUGCAGGGAUCAGCUAAACAAUUGGAAACUCCACUGAAUUCACCUGAGCAAGCCUAGGUGUAAAAUUUGCUGUUGAUUUUUAUUUGGCCUCUCUGCCCCUUAUCGCUAUCAAAGGCUACUAUAAUCACUUCCAGUAUUGGAGGCAAUAUGGUGAAUACGAAUUGCAGGAGCAGAGAGUGCUGUUGUGCUCAUGUCCAGCUUGUGGGGUUCCGAUAAGCACCAGGUAGGCCACUGUGGGAGCAGAAUGCUGGCUGAGAUCCAGCUUUAGUCGGAUCCAGCAGGGCUUUUCUUAUGUUCACUUUGCCAAAGCAAAGGCAGUUGACUAUGUACUGGUGUAUUUAUUAGAAGUUUGCAACAUUUUCUGAUGUCAUUGUGUGGCUUGCUUUUCUCUCUCUCCCAUUCAUUUUGUUCUUUUUUCUUCUGUGUGAUUUUUAAAAGAACUUUUUAGGUGUGUUGUUUAUGUUAUUUUAUUGCUUUUACUGAUUGAGAUGUUUUGCUUUUAAAUGUUGUAAUGUUGAAGGGACCUCUCUUAAAAGAUUGGGUAUAUAUUUUUUUAAAAUGAAAUGAGAUGAAAAUUAUAAUAUAUGGUCCCCCCCAAGUAGCAACCUACCACUCUUACAGAACAUUAAAUGCAGCUCAUGGCAGGUUAAAAACUAUGGGUUGUAGCCAGCUAAGUUGUUCUGUUAGUGCAAUGUCUUCUGUUUGCACAGCAGGACUCUCUCUCUCUCUCUCUCUCCUCCUUUUGCCUCCCCCAAAUCCUGUUCUGGGGGUUCCCUCAAUCCCCCAAAGCAUAUUUGGAGGGGGAGCAGGAAGACGAGAAUGAGAAGAAGUCCUAUUGCUCAGGCAGAAUUCUUUUUGCUUAUGCAGCAGUGGGGAACCUAUGGGCCAACUCUGACAGGGAAUGGGGCAACCCUCCCAUCAAUCACAUGAUGACAUUAUAAUGCAGGCUGCUUUGACAGGUCGGCCAAACUGGAUCCCUUGGUGGCCAAGGUUGGCCCAUGUGUCUAAGGUUUCUUACACUGUGCUAAUGGGAUGGCUCUGCUGGAUACAGCCUGAUGGUUCUGUUACUCCAUCUAGCCAGUGCCUGUUUCCUGGUCUCAGCCAGGAAACAGCCCUGCUCUCUGAGAGCCUUCUGAACUGGAUAUGCCAGGGUCCUUUUUUAUGCAAAACAUGCACUCUGCUGCUGAGCUAUGAGCCUCCACCACCCACCCUCUCUGUGUUCCCAGGAGAAAGUUGUUAACAACCAUAGCCUGCUUUGUUUCAGCUGUCAAGGCUCUGUUUUCUUUAGCCAGCUUUGGGGCAGGAUGAUCAUAUCUCAGAGCAGGUAGCAUGAAUGAGAGCAAGGGAAGAUGCUCCAGGUGUUCCAGGUGUUUGUAAAGUUGCGCGAACUGUCUCAACCAGGGCUAGCACUUCCAAGAUACAGAUUGAGUUGUUUCCUGUUGCUCUCACUCUCAACUGGGGUGAUUCCGGUUGAAUCUGUCAGGUCUGCAGAGCUUGAACUAGUAAGCUUAGGAGUGGCUAAAGCACAUACAUAUUUGGAAUGCCUGCUCUGCAAAUGUCAAUUCUGUUUCCUCAGCAGUGCAACGCUGUAAUGCUAUAUGGACUAGGGUCGAUUGCAUGUUAGAAAUACACUCCCCACCUAACCAUUCACUUACCAUCUCUAAUCCCCCAAAAGGUUGGUUACUGUCAGAUCCACAGUGAACUACUGGAUCCAAUUCUAGUGUAAGCACACAAAGCCAUAAAAAGUACCUAAAAUAGUGUCCCAUCCUGUGUCAACCAUCUUGCAUGCUACAACCAAUGUGGGAUGCCCUGUAGGUGCUGCCACUGCUGGAUGCCUCUCAGUUGGCAAUUGAUCUAUGUCAAGUCCUCUUCUGUAGUGGUUACUCAUUUGUGGAAUGCAUUGCCCGCCCCAAUGAGGUGCAUCUGUCUGCAUCUUUACUAACAUUCAAGAGAACUUAAAAAACCUACUUGCUUACUGAGGCAUUUGAUGGCUGAAAUACACUGUUCCUGGAGACCCUGAGAUUAUUAGCUGGGAGAAUAUGUGAUUGUUCUCAGGUGUUUUAAAUGUCUUUAAUUUGUAAACAAUUGUAUUGAAGCCCUGCUGAUGUGUUUGUUGCAUUACAAAGAUAUGUACAAAUGUGACAUGAAGGCUGGCAACGUUACCACUGUCGUGUGGGAAUCCCUUUCAGAAGAACACAGUUCCUGAAGGCAGGUUGUGCAUCCAUAGCAGUGGCCAGAGGAGGAAUGACUGCUGGGAGGAACGCAGAGAGAAGGAGCGCCAUGGUGCAAGUGCAGCAACACAACCAGACACCUUAAUCUGCCCCAGCUAUAACAAAACAUGUCUCUCACAUACCAGUCUCUACAGCCACAGUAGGUGCUGUAAUCUUCCAACAGUUUGAUUUCACCUCCCAAGAUGCAUUCCUACAUUCCUCCCAAGACAGACGGUUGCAGCUCCUGGACAGGAAUUCCUAGUGUUUUCUGACACCAGAAGCUUAGCAAUGUUUUCACAAGAAAGAGGAAAACCCAAAGACUUGAGAACUGUAGUUUGAACAGCCCAUAUCACAAAGUCACUCAGUGUCAAUAUUAUGGAUGGGAACCAAAUGAGUCUUUCUUGAGAAUGGAGACCUCUGUGUAAGAAGAUGAAUAGGAAGAAAGUACAAAAUGCAAGAAUCAGGGACAUACCGGUACAUUUGGACUUGCAUCUUAGUCAGAAGGUUUGUUCCUUUCUGCAUUUAUUUUGUUGGCUGGCUCCUUUGGAAGCCAGGGGUCAAAUCCACAUUUGAUUCUCAUUGGAAUAUGCAUAGAGGCCCAUGCUUGUGGGUAGUUUUGGAGUAUAGCAUCUCAUUGAGGUAUUGAUAAAAUGGCAGCUGCACAUACUUAGACAUAAAAUUUCUCUUUCUGACUGGAUAUUCAUUGCUUCAAGAUCCAACUGCAUGCAAUAUGAGAGACUGUGGUCAGCAGGCAAAGUCUCCUUAGCCUCAAAUAGGCUAAAGGAAAUGGAGGAAAGUCUGCCUUUAGGAGCAGCUGGGGGAAUGCAGGAAACACAAAACAGAAGAGUUGGGCUUGUGCUGCCUUAGAUUGAAUACUCAUGCAGAUUUUCACCAGAGGCAGAUGCGGUACUGGCUGAAGCCCAGACUGAUGUAUUUAAUGAUCUGAGAGCCUCAGGACUGGAAAUGGUAAAGACUCUGAAUCCUCAGUUGAGUUAUUCUCUAAGUACUUCGUAGUCAUGGACAUUUGCCUCAUCAUAGAAGGGAAGUAAAAUGAAUCACGCUAAAAAAUAAUGCAAGCAUUCAACUUCCGACAGUUUUUGGUUUUCUAAACUCGCUUGUCAGACAGCAUCCAUCUACCAUAGGGGGUGUUGUAAAACAAGGAAAAUAUAAAUCUGAAAGUGUUCAAGCAGCUCCAAGCUAGGAGAGAUUGUUUGAGAACAGUCCGCAUCUUGAACUGCUUGAAAAAAUAAACCAACCUAAAUUUGAUGUUUAAAUAUAGUUCCUCUUUCAACACCUCUCCAACAGUUGUCAUAGCUGAAUACCUAUAAUUUACAUUGCAGCUUAUGAAUGCUUGCAGAAACAAUAAUAGGUGCUAUUACUGAAAACUGGACCGCAAAUUAUUUCAACGAUAAUCAAGGCACUUGGACCAGUGCCUAAAAAUGUGAAUGAGUAGCUCAAGAUAACAAUGGGCACAGAAUUCCAGAGGGGCAGCCAUGUUUACCUGUUAACAGCAAACACACAUCACACACACAAGUCUUUUGUUUAAGGUGCCACCAAGCUUAUUAAUGGGUAAGCAACACAACUGCAGGCUUGUACUCAAAAACUGGGCUGUUAGGGCCUGUGAGAAUUCCAAGGAGGGGAGAUUCCACAGCAAAUAACAGAACCCACAAAUAUCCUGGUCUUGAUUCUUGGCCUGCAUUUGUUGAAAACUGGAUAAAAUUGCUUUUUAGGGUAUGAAUAGGCCAUGUCUGCACCUCCCUUAGCUUCUGGAAUAGGAAACAGAGAGGAGGCAGCCGCAAGAUACACAUCAGAAUGCAGGAAUGGUGUGGCAUAGGGAGAAUCCUGCUCCCCCUCUUCAUUCCACUGUGGACCCCAUGUCCAAAUGGCAUUGUGCCCAUCUGAUAUCUAGAUCUGUGCAGAUCUUAAAAAAGGAAAUGUACCACUUUGGAGAAAGCAAAAUUGUUCCAGCCCUUCAAAAUAUCCUGCGUUUGUUUUUUGUUUUUUCAAGCCAAGUAUUCAACUAAAGACUAAUUCAAACAUUACUUCAGUGGUAUAGUUGGCAGCUGCCAUUGUGGAUCUUUCUGUGUGGCUACAGUAGAUUCAAAAGUUACCAUAAUUCAUGGAGCCCAAACCAAAAUAUUUUCAUGUUGACAUCUAGCAUGAUUUCCCUCUAUAUUCAGUCUUCUGUUUCAGGGAGAGGAACAGUAAUAACCAUUAGAGAUAUUUUAUAGAAUAGCAUGUGGCCUGUUCUAACCAACUGCUUUUCUCUAAAAUGCAAGGCUUGGCUCACUAAAGGACCAAAAGUGUAUGUUUUAAGGCUUCGCUUCAAAAUCCAUUCUCAUUAAAAUAACUUAUGUUUAUUAGGAAAACACCAUAGAGACACAGCUGAAUGAAAAUAUUCAACAUAUUAACAUAUGCCUGUGUAACUAUUCAGCACUUUCACUGAUUGUUAACAAUAAUCACUGUGGCAAACUCUGGAGAUAAGCCAUUUUUGGCUUACAACAAUGGGAGUGAGGUAAUGUGACCGGGUGCUUUAACACUUAGAUGCUCCCUGUCAGUAACACUUAAGGGGUCUAUGUUGUAGUGUUUUCUAAUAUCCAGCAGCAAGGUUUCUUAAUAACGUGAAAGGAAAAGCUUUGACCACUUAUCCCUUAACCAAAGGAUCAAAGUAAGGCUGAGGCACGUUGUAAACAAAACUGGAUUUUUAUUUAUGCACACUCAAUGCGAGUUAAAGCUUUGUGGUUACUCUUCUAAGGCACAGCACUUUGUUUCAGUCAAAAUCACUUUACAGAAGAAAUUAAGAACCUUACUUAAAAUGCCUACUUUAAUCUUGUGCCUCCUAGAAUGACCAUUUGAUCUAAGAAGGUGGUCAAAUGCUCCCAGCCCCUUCUAGAAACUUUUCCUACCCUUGAGGGAAAUCAUUUGGUUUGUCCUGCCCAGCAAGCCCCCCUCUACCAAGGUAAUUCCCUAGCCCAAACACCUUCCAGGCCUUGCCCAGGUUCUAUCAUUUAACUCUCUACCCCUUCCUGUUUGACUGACAUUCCACCCAGCCCUGAUUGGCUUCUAGGUCUCCAGGAUGAUGACCCAAGGUGUGCCCGCCACAAUUCAAGGUUCGCCAAACAUUUUGGGCUUAUGGAAAGAAAUGUAAGAAAUUGUUGUGGGCACCUCAGAAUUCCCAUUUUGCAAAAUAAAAACUGGUGAUGCUCAACAGUGCCCCCCUCCAAAGCAAAACACUGACGUCCUCACUAAAGAAAGUAGAUAAUACCCCUCCAAGAUGUACAAAGUGGGAAGCAUAUCCCAGAGGUCUCUGGGUCAUUUCUUUUUAUUUCAAGUGCAGGACUGGUGUUGAGCAAGGUUAAAAUGGUGCACGCACAAAUCUCUCUAGAACCACAACAGAUUUUAGAUCAGUCCUCUGCAAGGGUUACAUGUAUAUCUGUUUCAUUGCAAAGGCUACUGUCUUCUAGAGUUUUGAUAAAGCAUGCCUGUGUAUUAAAAGAGAAACCUGUGUAGCUUAUUUCCUUUAUCACACACUCAUUGACUGAUUGCUGGAUUUCCCUCUGGUUUCUGGAAGUAAGUCUAAUGUUUCAUGGAACCAUAAACAUCAAGAAUAUCCAGUCAAGCUGUGCAUGAAUUGGAGGGCGUUAGGCUUCUAGCACAAAUUCACCUGAGUGCUCAACAUUGUCUCCAGUACCACACAUACUGUCCCUCAUGCACACUCAGAAUCUCCCCUGUGGUAUCCCCCAAACAGAUUUUGAGGGUGCGCAGGAGACUGCUGGGGGAGGAAUGGAAAGUUCCAAUGCAGAAGUCUUGCACAAGUGGAGCAGCAGCACUGAGUACUGUCCUGAAUCUCUCCAGUGCUAUGCUGUGGGGAGGCCUGUGCCAGACCCCACACUGAGCAGGAGGAUGUUGAGUGGCUGUGUUUGGAGAUGGUGUUGCAUGGACCACUGUUUAUCACAUCUCACAUUAAGAAGACCUUUCCAUUUUUCCUUGUUGCAAAGGAGCAGGACCAACACAUCCUUGUCAUCCUCCUUUGACACAGCGAGGUGUCUUGCUCACCCCUCACCCUCUCAGUUUCCUUUCCCUUGUAGUUUAUUUUUAAACAGGUCGUCCUUUCAUGCUGUAGUUUAUUUGUUGAGUAAAAGACUCUCACAGUCAGGCUUGCAGCUCACUCCCAGCCCUAAUUCGCCUGAAAGUGACACAGCAGAUCUUGUGGAAGAGUGUCCAGGGUUUGCAAAUGUAAUCAGUGCCCAGAUUUCUUUUAGCUAAGCAACAUGAGCCUUCUCCAUAGCAACAUAUAUGUUCUUGAGAUAGCUUUAGAAAUAACCUUUCCUCUAUUCUGAUUGUGUGGCUUGAAAGUUUCUUUCAUUAUUCAAGGUUGUUCUAGUGUAAAGUAAAAUGUGAUGUGUUCUUUGGGAAAGGACACAGAGAAAGUUGAACAAAUGAUUUCUUUUUAAAGGCUUACGGUUUGCAAAUAGAUUGUUUCAUCUAAGGAGCUGACUCAUUUUUGUCACACAUUUGAGGUGGCCCAUCCCUACUGCAAAAUAUAAUUCCAUGUUUACAUUUUGCUCUUGUCUUUGGAAGCACACAGUGCACAAAAGUUGUGAUCAUGCAGCAGUGAUAGAGGGAGAGAAUCAGGUGUGUGCCUUGGGAAUAAUGCAAGAGAGCCACCAGCUGCAAUGCAGGAGGCAGCCUGAGAGUAAGAGAAGCGGCAGAAAGUAGAGAAUUGGCUUAGGAGUUCUGUAUUGGAAGGCUGAGCUUGGAUGGUGUAAGGAGGGAUAAUAAAAUCCUCAAAGAGCAAGAGCUGGCUGUGUGACAAUCCAGAGAGGUGCCAAGUGAGGCAAGUGUGUCAACAGCCAGGAUUAACUGGAAAGAGGCAGAAUCCUGUCCCGCCCUUUGGAGUUUCUUUUUUUUUUUUAGUAUUUCUGGAUGUUAUUUUCCACUUCCUGAGACCAGCUGCAUCACAUAGUUUCCUUCACAGUGUGUAGGUACACACAAGGAAGUAGUAAGCUUACUCUGAUAAGAACAGUUAUCUUUGCGGGGUGGGAACUCCUUGAUGUUUGUUUUGCACACGAGAGGCACCAAGGCUACAUGCUUGUUUGGAAAAACUCUGCCAUUUGAGGGGGUUCCUGCUUUAAGCGAAAACCAGCUAAGCAGUCCUUGCUGUAUAUGCAAUAGAAGGUUGAAUCUUUUCAAAAGCAAAUUUCACAAGUUGGAUCUGGACCAAAACCUUAGGGUCCAGUAACCAAAGAGAAUGUGUUACUGCGUAUCUCAUAAUCGCUAGAGUGGGACUCUGCUAAUAAAAUACGCACAUUAUUACAUGCUUAUCUUGCCCUUCUGCCAAGGAGCUGAGAUGCACAUUUAGCUAAGUUGCCCCAGGUGAUGUGAUUUGCACCUGUGUGUAGCACCUCCUGGUCAGCUAUCACUUCAGUCACUGCUUUCCUUGUGCAGUUUUCCCAGAGGCAUUUUUAUUUUUAUUUAUUUCACAUUUAAAGUUGAUGCCAGAGCAUCCAUUGCUAAAUUGCUUAGGACAUGCUGAGUGCUUAGGAGGUGCUGAGACAGACAUUGCUAUCUUCACUGACUGUUUUAGGAUAGCCUUCCCCAACUUUGUGCCUUCCAGUUCUUUGAACUGCAACUCACAACAGCCUCUGACAGCGUGGCCAAUGCAAUUUGGAGCCGUAGUUAAAGCAUCUGGAGGACAGCAGGAUGGAGAAAGUUGCUCUUGGGUUCUGUUCUGUAAAGCCACUCGCUGCCAGUUGCUGUCCAGAGCCAAUUUUCUCUUGUUUGAAAAGUUCCCAGGCCAUGUAGAUUCCAGGCUUUGCAACAUUUUAAGCAUUUAAUGAGGAGGGCAAGCUAGGAUUAUGCUUCGAGUGCCUACAAUUCCACACUAUUCUUUUCUUGAACUUUUACCCUGCAAGAAUUUCUGGGGUGGGUGGGGGUGGUUGCACGCCGGUGCAAUCCUUCCAGUGCUGGCAAGGCAAUCAAAAUGGCUAUUCCCUCCUCCCCAAAUGGGGACUGAAAUAUGCUUCACGGCUGGUUGUGAAUGGUCUUCUGAUAAAGAAUCUUAAGGCCCAUUGACACUUAUCUAGUGCGCAGGGAAGCAGCUGUUUGGGGCAGGCGCUGCUGAGGCUUUUGCAGUGGAAAAGGAGAGGUGAAUAGGAUAUUCAUUUGCUUUUGCCAGACAUGGAAAUUUUAAAAAAGGGAUUUUGAAAAUUUCACCCAGACUCUGGAAGUAACAAUUUUUCUUCUCUAUGUAGGAUUUAUUCAUUUUAAAUGGUUUUUAUUGAUAUAUUAAACAGGUGACAGUCUAUUAGUUAACUCAAUUCUGUUAGUUAACUCUGGACCAUGCAGCAGUCAAGCAGGAGUAAAGCCCUUAUAUUCAUGACAUGAGAAGCUGCUGCCAUCUUGUCCUCAAGUCCAGUUUCAUUCAUUGUUGUUGUAUGUGUCUGUCUCAAGAAAAAAUGGAGUGUGCCUCCGAGUGUGAAGUCAAAUUGCAGUGUUAGCAGCACCGAAGUGGCUUCCCCUGGUGCGCAAACCUGGAUUGUGUGUAUGGAGGUUCUGGGCUGCCCAGAUGACAAGACUCCCCUCUUAGCCUUGCUGAUGUAGUUCAAAAGAAAGCAGAGCAAUUUGAAAGCACCUUGCAACCAAUUUAGGGAUAAAUUGCCACCAUACUGCAAAAAAUGUCCCUGCUUUAUAAGUUCCUUUCAAUGUUUCUGUUUCAUGAGUUCUCUGCAAUGGCCAAUAGACAAAUGUUUUUUACAGUAUAAGUCCAAGUUUAGGCCUUGCAGGGACUUUCAUGUUUGAACAAUCAAUAGCCUUGCUGCCACCAGCAUGGAUGCCAAGUGAGGUGUGAAAUCCAUUGAUUCAUGCAUUAUUUUAGGUAUUCCUUAAUGUACUACUCCCCAGAAUAUCUGGGUAUCUGGGCAGCCCCACAAAAGAUGGUGAUCUGUCUCUUUGUGUCCACAUCCCUUCCAACAUAAUGGAGCAAUCCCAGAUGUCAUAUGGGAAAGCUGAACCAGUGUCUUAUACUAAGGUUACCAGAUUUUUUUCAAAGAAUCCGGGGGAACUUCUUUUUUAAAAAAAAGAGAGAGAGAGAGAAAGUUAUUUUAAAAAAAGUUUUUGUUUUUUUAAAAGAAGUAAUAUCUUCGCUUCUAUGGUCUCCUCCUCUCCCCCUCAGCAAUGGCAGCGGCAGUCUCAGCAGCCAGCCUGGUAGCGUAGUUGGCUCUGUCUGGCUUCAGGAGCUGCCUGCUGCCGUGGUGCCCGCCAUUUUGCCUCACCGGAAGUCCCCAUAUGAUGUGUCUUGUGCCGUUGAACCAAUCAUGCAACAUUCAUUCCCUACUAAUAAAUCUACAACACUUAAAAUAUAAAUCCAGGGACGUUAAAUGAAAUCCAGGGACACUCUGGGGAUGGAUUUUGUCCGGGGACAGAUUUGUAAAUCCGGGGACUGUCCCCGGAAAACGGGGACCUCUGGUAACCAUAUCCUAUACCAGCUGUGUAUAACUUUAAUUGUAUUUCCCCUAAUAUAGGAAGGUAUAAAUUAGGCUGGUUUAGUUGACCCGGUCUUCUUCCAUUGCAAUUCACCAAUAUUUUGGCCGAAAUCUGAUUCCCAAACUCAUUUCAGUCCACCUAGAGUACCUAUCAAUUUGCCAACUAACCCAUUAUACAUUUUUGACUUUUACAGAUAAGAAUAGAUGAUAAUAUUAGCUUUUUAAAUUACAUAAGCAUCUUGCAGGGAUGCAGUUUUAUGUUGGGAAUCUAGUAGCAAAUGGUAAAACUGGUGAACUUGUACCCAUUCACAUCCCAGGUCCCUUUGUAUAUUAUAAGUUGUUCUUCUGGUCCCGUUUUUCCAUUCUUGAAAAAGCCUUUUCAAGCCAAAAAUAGCUGUUAGCUUUCCACAAUACUAUACCCUUUCUUAGAUUCUCACAUUUCACUACAGGGUGAUCUAUCAAAGGGAGCAGCAGUGAACGCACCAGAGAGGAGGCUUUCUGCCAACCCCUCCACAAUUGGAAGGCGCUUCUAGUAAAAGGGUUCUGCAUGUGUUUUAUUGAGAAAACCAUGAAUCUAAAGAAGCGUUGCACCCAGAUUAUCUUCCCACCCAAUAUGGUUGCUUCCAAACUGAUUCAAUAUUUGUUGGCUUUGGGGAAUUGAUUUGAUUUAGAAUAAUAUGUAAAAAAGGUAUAAUUAAUUGCUCCUGGUCAUAGGUAAGGCUACUUUCCCCCUGUUGUGUACAGAUUUAUUUAUUUUUUGUGCUUGUCCUGUUUGUUCCAUAGCACAUUAGCCAAAAGCUUUGAAUUUCAAUUUCCUGCCUCAUAAAAUAUCUGGUUAAGGGCUAUUAAUGAUUCAGCCAUUUUAUGUCCCUUCAGAGCCACAAGUUUCUUUCUCUUGGAUGCCAAUAUUUUAUUGGACUCCCAUGUUUUUGUAUUAGUGGUUGGAUUUAUACAUUUUAAAGCUCUUUCACUGGAAAAAGUGCUGUGUAGUUUGCACUUGGAAGUUUCGACUCAGGGUGCUCUUUCUGUAGACUCAGCUGAAAAGAACAGGGCAAGCAGGGCAAACUCCAAAUGCUCUCUCCGUUCGAUGGGACGUGACAGUGUACAUCAUGGGUUAAUAGCAGCACCUGCACAUCACAAUCAAGAACUUGACUCAGAACUUCAAGGGCAGCAAGUACUCUGCUUUUCUGGUUGUUGGUUUUAAUUUUGUGCCACCAAGGAUGAUGCUCUCAUUUCCCUAAGAGGCACAACUGUGUACCUGGACAGCAUAUUUUUAUCUAUUUAAAAGAUUCCUGUACCGCUCUUCAGCAGAGCUACCAAGCCCUCUGACAGAUGGGGAAGAAUUCAAACCUUUGACAUGUGCAGAAGGAAAACUUUUAGGACAUGUACAGUUGAGAGGCCGUGUGUGUGUGUGUAUUUGGGGAUAGAACAGUGACUCCAAGGAACUUGAGGAGGAAAUGGUAAUAUUCCUACUGAUCUCUUUCCCAGAAGAUAGGCUUAUAGUACACCAAGAUAGAAACCCAGGAAGCUGCCGGUCAGCUGAGUCCAUCUAUUGGACUAAGCUGACUGGCAUCAGAUCUCUAGGCUAGGGUUUCAAACAGGGUUCUUCUUACCAAAAGGCAAGGCAGUGUAGGUACAGUUUGGGUACAGCAUUGGAAGCAAUGGAUUGGCUCCACUGCAAGCCAACACUGCACUGAGCUCCCAGUGCCUUGCCCCUGCCUUCUAGAAAACAGCCGUGGCCCAAUGCAUUUGAUUAGAGUUACUGAUUCCCAUGAGUUUUCAUGCUUAGGCCAUGGUUUCCCAGACUGUGUGAGGCCCUUGCUCUGGCAAUCACUCAUCUGUCAUGCCAGCAGCAGAUCAGGCUAUAUGUUCAUGUUAUUAGGUGAAAAGGGAGGCUCUUUAAUCAAAGCCAGGUUCUUGUCUUUUCCCAAAGUGCGGUGGUGAUACAAUAAUGCAGCAGGGAGAAGUGGGUAGCAUGAAACCUGCUCAAAAGCUUAGAAGAUAUUUUGCAGAAGGGAUGUGUCAGCAGCACCACGAAACUAGAAGAAGUGGCUCUUUGCUUAGUUGCUCAGGUCUCUUGAGACCUGGCAGCAACAGGCCUGGAUAAAUGUGAGUGUAAGUCUGCGCUGCCUAUAUGUGGAGCAACUCUGGGCAGAAAGCCCAGGCUUUCCUUCCUUGCUGGUAAAUGGAGUGAUGAAGAGAGAGACCAUUCCUCUGAUUGUCGUAGAACAGUGUUGAUUUUUUUAAAAUAAUAUUUUUAUUGGUUUUUAUUAUAACAAACAUAACAAUAAAUAUUAAGAAAUAAAAAAUAAAAAUUUGAACAACUGUAUCAUUUUGCAUAAUGUUUGUACAGGACCGAAAUACGGGAUUUCUCCAAUCCCCCAACUUCCCUCUACCCCCUCCGUGGUUCCAUUAUUUGUAGAACAGGGUUGAAACUUCAGGCUCCACGCUGAAGCAAAAGAGUUGUGGGCCUCUUAUAGCUCAGCCAUCAAACACUGCUUUAUAGUCCAGCCUGUAAACAUCUUUGAUGCUGCCUUUGGUUAAGUAAGUCACCCAGACGAGGCCCUGUUGAUAACCAGCAGGGGAACACAAGUGAUAAUUGCUUCACAGUCUUUUAUUUAUUUUUAAAAAACAUUUAUAGACUACCUUUCAUUGUAAAUAGCAAUGCAGAUUACAAGAGAAAAUGAAUACAAUAAAACAAUCCAUUUUUUUAAAAGGAAAAAACAGUAUCACUACUGAUAUCUAGGAAUUUCGGUAGAGCUGGUACUAAAAAUCAGUGCUCAGGCAUGCAUGCCCUUUCAAACAUGCAUGUUUUUGCCAAUCGGAGGAAGGCAAUCACAACAGCUGCCUUGCAACAACAUCUUUACAAUCACCCAAUCAAUAUAACUUUCCCCCAACUGCUUAGCACUUCUAGUAAGGGUAAUGUUUUACUAGAUGUGGCCAUGGCUGUAGUGAACGAAAUGUGCCUGGGCCUUGACGUACAUCCUCAUAACAUUAUAUACUAAUAGUAAACUCAUUCUCUGUGUGCAGACUUCAUGUCACCUGAAACAGCAUAACUCAUGUCCAAGAGAGAGACUGCAGCAGGCUUGGGGGAGUCCAAAGGUUUGCUGAAGUACCAGCAAUAUUCAGUGGGGAAGCCCAACCCAGUGAAGACUUAUCAUAGUCAGUGGUCAUAAUGUUGAGUGAUGGGAGAGGAUAAGGUGGAAAACUGAUGUGAGAGAAUAGAAUACAGUUGAACCUUAGAUCCUGAACACCGGUUUGCGAACAUUCUUUGGAAGCCAAACGUCUGACCCGGCUUCCGUAGCUUCCAAUUGAGUGCAGGAAGCUCCUGCAGCCAAUCGGAAGCCGUGCCUUGGUUGCCGAACGUUUUUGGAAGUUGAAUGGACUUCCAGAACAGAUUCCAUUUGACAACCAAGGUACGACUGUAUCCUGAAACAAGACAUGAGUAGGGCAUUAAACACAUUGCGACAUUUUGUUACAGGUCCCACUUGUAUCUCCUUUUGUCCUUAGUUAAUGUGGUGCAACCAGAUUGUGCUUGAUGCACCCUGAACUUGAAUUCCCACAGACAGAUUCAUCCAUAUUGGUAGAAAAAUGUAACUUCUAAUGAACAGCAGAUAUUAAAGCUACUGAUAGAUGAAUCUGUGCACUAAAAUGUUUGGCCAGGAUGCUGGAUCAGAUGAGUCUUUAAGCCUGCUCCGUUCAGGCUCUUCUUACGUUCUUGGUAGACCGACCAUACUGCUCCAGAAGCUGUAGGAAUUGGCAGUAAGGAAUUUGCACAACAAACCCUUUCCGAAUGUAACCUAGGUAAUCAAGUUCAAGAAGCUCUCCAGACUCAAAAUUCUGGUGUAUGGUGGCUGCAGUGAAGUAUUUGGUUAUAAAUGUACCUUUUCUCAGAAGAUUAUGUAAUAGAUGUGUUAUAGCGCUCCAUGAUGCCAUCAUUCUUUUCCCCGAGAGAAUGAAUUUUUGAGUGUUAUUGCACUCUGGAGAGGGAUUGGGCAUAAUCCCUGAACCUCACUGUUGCAGCUGACCCUCAUCCAUUCUUCUACUGCAUUAAUCUCUUUCUAUAUGAAAACACUUGAGCAGGAGGAAAGUCUUGCCAGAUUAACACAAACCUCCCUAUUCAAGGAGAGGAAGUUUUCUGAAACAACAAAAGCAUGAGAGCCUGUGCCAGUGCUAUUCUGAGACAGGAAAGUAUUAUUUCUGUUUAAUAAUAGAAAAAUAUAUGUCUUCUUUUGAAGUGGCCUCUUCUGGUGCUUAUUAUUGCUGAGAGUCCUAUUAGUCUAUAGGAGUAGAAAGACAGCCAGCUGCAACAGUAGAGAGCAGACAAGACACAUGUGUUUGCCCAACUCUCGUAUUUUAGCCCUAAUCUUGUACAGUGGUACCUUGGGUUACAAACGCUUCAGGUUACAGACUCCGCUAACCCAGAAAUAGUACCUCCGGUUAAGAACUUUGCUUCAGGAUGAGAACAGAAAUCGGGCAGUGGCGGCGCGGCAGCAGCGGGAGGCCCCAUUAGCUAAAGUGGUGCUUCAGGUUAAGAACAGUUUCAGGUUAAGAAUGGACCUCCAGACAGAAUUAAGUUCUUAACCCGAGGUACCACUGUACAUCUAAGGGCCUUCCCAGACAAUGGAUACUUAUGAUGUGGAUUCAAUACAGAUAUCGUUCUCCCUUGUCUAAUGCCGUUAUACAAAUCUGUGUUGGAACUGCAUAUGAAAUACUGUGUACAGUUCUGGUUGCCUCACCUAAAAAAAGAUAUUGAAGAGUUGGAAAAGGUCAAGCAAAGGGCAACCAAAAUGAUCAUGGGGCUGGAACACAACUCCCCUAUGGGGAAAGGUUGUAGCACUUGGGGUUUGCUAGUUUAGAGAAAAGGUGAAUGAAAGGGGACACCAUAGAAGUUUAUAAAAUUAUACAUGGCAUGCAUAAUUUCCCUCUCACAUAACACUACAACUUGUGGGCAUCUAUCUGAUGAAGCUGAAUGCUGGAAGAUUCAGGACAGAUGAAGGGAAGUAUUUCUUAAACUGUGGAAUUGUUACCCUACAAAGAGGGUCUGAAAACACACUGGUCCUCUUUAGCCAAAUAAAGACAGCAACGUUGUGGAAAGAGUUCGGAUUUAUUGCAGACUGCAGUAAGAAUAAUUGAUCCAGAGGAAUGCUCCAAAUUCUGGACCCCGAAUACAAAAUUCGAGAUGCUUUUAUAGCAUUCCCUUUGCAUGGUUAGCUCGUGAACGAUCCCUUUCAGCAACAUGUUUGGAUAACAGAAUGUGUGGACAGCUUGUGGACUCCGCAUGUUCACUUCUAAUUGAUUUACAAAAAAGGAUGCUCUACUAGCUGUAUCAUGGCAACAGAUAGUUCUGGACAAAGUUUCUGAAUUCACUAUUUUUCUGUCUCAUGCAAAAUGUUGCAUUUUUGGUAGUUUGUUACAUGAAGCGGUCAGUUUGGAGCUUCUAGUCUUUUCAAGGCCACUUCACCUUUCUGGUAUGUGAAGCUGAUAAGCGAGGCCCUGCUUGUUAGCAAAAAGACAGGUUGAGUUGCAUGAGAAAUCUCUGCUUAGCUAGGUAUGUACUUUUAUGCAGGACAAUGGCACUGAUACAUUGUGGUUGUGACUGAGAACAUGUUUAUGCAGGCUCAGCACUUAGCAGGCUGAGAUCUAUUUUGUAUCAGAAGCGUGUUCUGUGACAAAGAGGGCGAGAGUAGGUCAGUACAGUGGUACCUCGGGUUAAGUACUUAAUUCGUUCCGGAGGUCCGUUCUUAACCUGAAACUGUUCUUAACCUGAAGCACCACUUUAGUUAAUGGGGCCUCCAGCUGCCGGAGCACAAUUUUUGUUCUCAUCCUGAAGCAAAAUUCUUAACCUGAGGUAAUAUUUCUGGGUUAGCGGAGUCUGUAACCUGAAGUGUAUGUAACCCGAGGUACCACUGUAUAGGGGUACUUUGUACUUCACUUUCCAGCUAGCCUGAAGGGGCUUGGCAGAUCUCCUGCGUUUCUAAUAGGCACAACCUCUCCUUGGUGUCCUGCUAGCUGCUGAUAGCGGAUUGUAAGCUAUUGUUCAGUAGAAACUGAUUCAAAGCAGAAAUAUUAGACCUGUGAAAGCAAUGUAUGAGAGCAAUGUAUGCUCAGAAAUGCCUGCCUGCUGUGUUGACCCCAGUGGAUCAUGACAUUUACCUGAGUCCCAGGUAAUGACACUCAGGUAUCAGAACUUGCUCCCGCGGGAGACACUGAUGGCUGCUAACAUAAAAGAGGUUUAGACAAAUUUAUGGAGGGGUGUGUGUCAAUAGCUGCUAGCCAAAUUGGUCAUUUUCCCACCUUCACUGUUAGAGGCAGAAUACAUCUGAAUGUCAGUUGCUGGGGAGUGUGCUUUUGCCCCAUAGGCAACUGGGUUGGCCACUGUGAGAACAGGAUGCUGGGCUAGAUUGCCUUUGGCCUGAUCCAGCAGGAUUUUCUUAUGUUCAGGUUUCUCUUAAAACAAGAGCAAGCAUUAGUAGCUUUAAAAUUCAUCACUGUGCUGUGCACUUUUUUUAAAAAAAAAAUCACAGUUCUUGGAACAAUUAGAUAAUUGUAUUCAUAAGGGUUUUGGUUGCAUUGGAUAGAUUGCUAAGAAAUCCAGGUCCCAGGCUGGUUUAUGUUUCUUAUUUUUUGCCCUUCAUUUGUGCAUGUGUGUGUUCUGUGUUAAUCCAUGGGAAUGAGGAAGGAGGGAAGUGUCUGCCACACUUGGAAAACAGCUGCAAGAUAUGUGUUGUGUGUGUGUAUGCGCGCGCGCGCACACACACACACACACAGUGCUAGUCCACUGCUCUUCAGUAAUAACCUUCCAAACUCUGAGACUGGAUGCCAUAUGCACAGCAGGAGAAAGGGGCCUUGCCAGGCUGCUGGCAGCUGCUAUCUAAGCAGUUUUGCUGGGAAUGACUGGAAUCAGUCCCUAGCAUAUUAAGAAGGGUUACACUUGUCCUCCUGGCUCCUGUUCCUGCCAGUGGGAACUGAAAUUUUCAGAGAGGGGGAUAGGCUGCUUGUUUGUAGGGCGUGACUGGCUAAUUUGCUUAAUUUCACGUUAAAGGUAAUGCUCAAAUGAACAGAGCUUUUAGUGUCUUCUGUGCAGAGGACAUUUAUUCUCUAGCUGUGCUUAAGUGUCUGGUGGGUGCCUUAGUAUGCUGUUUGUAUUAUUUUGCAUUUGUUUUAUUCUAUGGAUUUGGGGAAGUAGUACGUAAGCCUAGGUGUGUUUGCAUAAUGUGAUCUUUCUGCCUGAAGUGAUUUGUUUAUUUUGAUUGGGUGUUUGAUGCUUCUUGCUCUCAAAAAUAUAGCCAAUUUAAGUAUAUUUGCUCUUUGCCAUACACACACUGCGUUUUAUCAUGCUGCUACAAAUGUUUCACAUGGCCUCUUUCUGAUGGUUAAUGCCUUCCACCCCUGUCAUCUCAGUUUUAGUUUUUUCUGUUUAGUGCUGAGCUUCUCAAUUCCAGCCCUCUGUAUUCUGACAUGGGGAGGUUCCAUGUGGUGUAGGGCUGCAACUGAUGACCAGCUUUACAAGUUACAGUAGGAGGGGCUAGUGACUAGGGAUAAUGGGAGGGCACCUGGUUGGUGAAAGCUGGUGCAGAGGCAAUCUCUUAUGAUAAAUAACAAGCAAAGCCAUUUUGAGCCUUUGGGAGUGAGGCAGAACUAAAUAAUAUACAAAAGCGCACAAGACCAUGUUAUAAACCACUUGAAAUGAAUAUUCUGGCAAUGCAUUUCAUUUCAGUACUAUAAAGUUCUCCUGAGACAGAAAGGCAGUGGCCAUGACGGCAAAGGACAGACUGUUCUGCCCAGUGAGCUUCCAGCUAUACCACAUCUGGAAAUAAGAACAAUUGCCAUGCAUUUAAAUUUGCUGAUGUCCACCCCCAGGGCCUUCUAACAAAAUACCAUACAACAGUGUUGUAAAAAUAGGGGAAGCGUGCCCAAAUGCUCUCCCUGGAGGACAGAAGUCAGGCAGAAAGUGUAAUGCAGGAGUCCAGCGCCUGUCUGUAGGUAAUGAAAUGGGUAGGGAAUGCCAGAUUUCGAACAUUACCCCAAAGCCAAGGGCACAGCUAUGGGUGAGAGGAUGAGAGGGAUCUAUCCUCCCCCAAGCCACGUGAUUCUCAGCAUGUAUGGAGUGCCAUUUCUUUGUGAGGAGCACUCCCUCGUCUGUUUAGAGGCUCUUUGCGCAUCAUCCUGAGAGUGUUGCAUGGUGUUCUCUGUAACUUUUCCAUUUCUGACUUCUUUUAAAGCACCUGGAACCUAAGAUCUAAAGGGCUGCAAUCAGGAGAAGUGUAAUGGUGGGAAGAGACAGAUGUGUUUUAAUACUGGCCUCAUUGGCCAUUCUCCCUCUCAUAAUUAACUCUCUUCCAGCUGCUUUUCUCCCAGGAAGGAAAAAGAAAUGAGUCCCCAUCUGCUUAGGGGUGCAACAGUCCCAUGACCACUGGGAUGAGGCUUACUGAUGUUGUUAUAUUCUUCCACACAGGGGAAUAGUCCUCCUCCUCAGUUGAUAUGGUGAAGUCUAAUGAUGUUAUGGCUGCUGACUGACUGACUGUUCCACUUGGUUCUAUUGUUUCCUUUCCCACGUUUCCUUCUGUACAUUUGUAAAUUGCCCAGUUCCUGUAGCUCAGGUGGUGCCACAGAAGUAAAAUACACCACAUUACAACUGUAGCUACCCCAUUUUUGCAUGAGGGAGCUGUUGACUCAUUUUAAGACUGAGGAAGCGGGCAGCUUUUCACUUCAAGCAAUCUGUGCCACAUUUACUUCUUUUCUUCCUUGACGUCAACACGCACUUUACCUUAUUUAUAACCCCUUAAGAGUCCUCUCUCAUCAUCCCAUCUCUGGGAAUUGUUGUUUUCGCUGCUUUUGCUUCUCCUUCACACGUCGCUUGUUUGUGUUCCCCCUCCCCACUUGCAAUCCCAUUCUGUUGACAGGAUACUUGUUGUGAUCCCCAACUGGGUUAUAAAUGGUUUUCUGUGUCUCUGGUCUCUCACAGGAUCAGGUGACUUCGGCCCUGUCAGAGCCCAGCCAGAUUCUCUUGAGAAAUAAUUACAGAGCCUAAUGCAAAUAAGCAAAGAGUCAACUGGAAAUAAAUGACACAGCUAAAGAAAACAAAAGUGGGAUGUGGAGUGGGGUGGGGGGGAUGUUGGGCUUUUAAAAUAAACUCUAUCAAAGCAAAGGAGAGGCAUUUUAAGGGAAGGAUUUGGGAGGGGAUUAAGGACUUCGAGAGCUAAGAAAAUGUAUGGGGCAGUAGAAAGAAGCUGCUAAUGUCGGCCUUUUGCUGACUUAACUCACAAGAUUGUUGUGAGCGUAAAACUGGGAGGGGGAGAACCACUUGGAGGUUUGGGGAGGAAAGGUGGAAUAUAAAUGCAGUUGUCAGUAUUAAUAAUGACAAGAUGAAGGUCUACCAGGCUUGCAUGUUGAGCACACCGCUUUAUGGAAGUGAGUUGUAGGCAACUUAACAACCAUCAGGAAUGAUGGUCAAUGGCUUCUGCAAGCACUGUGUCAGGAAGAUUUUGGACAUCACUUGGCAAGACAGUCUCAAAUAUGCAUGUGCUCUACCAAGCCCAUAUUUCCAACAUAUUCACACUCAGGAUCAUGGGUUUGAGCUCCAUGUUGGGCAAACGAUUCCUAUAUUGCGGGGAGUUGGACUAGAUAACCCUCCAGCUCUACAAUUCUAUAAUUCCUGUCUCAACAAUGUCUGCGCUGUCUUGGUCAUGUCCACAGAAUGGAAGAUGGCAGAAUCCCCAAGGACGUGCUCUACACGGAGCACCAGGCCUGUUGGCAGACCAACUCUGCAUUACAAAGAUGUUUGCAUAUGGGACAUGAAAGCUGGCAACAUCAGCCCCGCCAUGUGGGAAUCCCUUGCGGUACCUGGAGACAGUCAGGUCAUGUAUCCACAGCAGUGACUAGUGGAGGAAUAAGUGCUAGAAGGAGUGCAGUCAAGAAACACCAUGGUGCAUCUGCAGCAGCACAACCAGACACCAUCAUCUGCCCAAGCUGCAACAAAGCAUUUCUCUCCUGUAUUGACUUCUACAGCCACAGCAGGCACUGUAACUCUCCAACGGUUUGACUUCACGCCCUUAAGGUGCAUUCCUUCACUGUCUCCCAAGAUGCCAGCAAAUAUUAAUAUAAUGUGUGAAGGAGAUUUGCAGCAUGCAACACACCUACCACUAUCUAAUCCACAAUAGCAUGUUGUGGUUUUUUGGCGGGGGGGAAUGAUUAUUUGGGUUUUAAUAGUUGGGUUUGCAGAGACCCCCACUGAGUUGUGACCCAUCCGCUUUUUCCUUUGCUGCUUUAAUAGCCUGCUCUCCUGUUAUAUCCUAAUCUUGGUUUGACAGACAUGGAGAGGAUGGGAGCAGUGUGUCUUACAAGUCUUGGCAGUGAAGCAUGAAAUAACUUCCCUUUUAUUGGAAAUUAUAAUGUGGAGACUAUCAAACCCAUUCCAGAUGUGUGGCGAAGAGGGGCUGUUUACUGUGAGGAGACUACACAACUGGGAGUUUAGGGAGAGGGGCCCACAUACAGGCACGUUAGUGAGGGGGAAAAUUCCAGUGGAUUGGAGGUUGGGGAGGAGCAGAAUGGCCCAGUCUUGCUUGCUGCCCUAGUUUGAACAAUCAUGUUCAGUAAAAACACAACCUAUGCAGGAAGGCAGCCAAACCAAGAAGCAGGAGCAGCUGUUGCAGUUGUAGGCUCUGCCUUGGCAUCUAUGGAGACCAGUACAGGAGGGCUGUGUUCCAGCCAAUCUAUGGAAUGACAUCUCCAUUUCUUCUUCCGCUCAGUUGAAAGUCCCAUCUGACUGUGGGAAAGCAAGUGGUCGCCACUACAGAUGGCGUUCACAGUUUCAGCUCCGCAAAUGGCUUCCGUUCUGAGCCCACUAUCUGCAUGCCUUCACAUUACGAUGGGGAUUACAGCCAGGGCGAAACACCCAAAGUGUUUGUUUUAUUGUUUACAGCUGCAGCUAAGCGGAGAAGGGUCUAGUAUCUGGCAUGCUUUAUAGGAACUCCCUCUCUGUGUAAAGCAGGGUUUUUAGCUAGCGCAUGGCCUUCAGUUGAAGCGGCUAUAGAAUUCAGCCCCAGCAGAAGUUGCUGGCCCAUAAACUUUAAUGGCUAAAUAAAUGGCCAGCCUCAAAUUUAGACAUCUGAUGUAAUAGUGGAGGCUCUCAGAUAUUAAACCCACGAGGAUGCAUGCACAGGUGCAUUUGUUGACAGACACUUUGAUCAAACGCAUGAGAGGUGUGUGGAAAUGAUUAGUGGGCUGUAGUAAGAAUGGUAGGUACUCUUUGCAUGCUUUGCAUGGUGCCAAACAUUAUAAUCGUUAGGGCCAGUAUGGUUUACUAGUAGACAGAAUGUUCAGCCUGGACCCAGAUAUUGGGCUAUUUAAACUUGAGUUUAAAUCAUAUGCUGGUCAUGGACUAGUGAAAGAGGAUUAUAUUGAAGAGGUUUUCAAGUGUUGGAUGUGCUAAGGACUGUAAUGCUCCCUAUCUAGUACAAGCAUCGUAGAAAUAUUUGCUAAUCAUCAUCUAAUCUCUUUUAAAUCCAUUUGUGUCAAUAAAUAGCCUCUGGAGUAAAUGAUCAAUGUCCCUGCUUUCCGAUAUAUGUGACAUUUUUCCUUCUCAUGGCAUCAUGUCACAUUACAAGUGCCCAUUGAAUGGUUGUUGAAAGGCUUCUUGAUAAUGAACCAUUUCAAACCACACUGCAAGUCACCUUGGGUCAUUUAUGCAUUUUAUCUCCCUUGUUCCUCCCCCAAAUGCCCAGAGGUUCCCUUUUGGCCUUACAUUUUUCACCAGUGGGGUGCAAAUCACUCCUGAAAUGUUGCUUGUGAAUGAUGAGCCACCUUGGUCAUUAACUCUUCAUACUCUGGGCAAACAUCCUCUGGAGGUUGGCUUUAGAUUUGAUUAGUUGCUGCUUUGCCUUUGCUGAAAUUUCUUGCAGACUGGACAAGGAGGUGUGCAGACUGGACUAAGAGCUGAGCCAAGAUGAUGAGGGAGAAAUUAACUCAUCCACAAAUGAUUCUGGAAUGUGGGGAAUAUAGUCAGGUCAGGAUUUAUUGGUGGGUUGUUGUUGUUUUUUUUAAAUUCCUGGCCAUCCAGCAUAUAAUUGUUCAGCAGCAUCUCCCACACGCUAUUCCCAUUCCCUCCCUUUCUCUGCUGCUCUGAUUUAUAUUUCUGCUUUGUUCAGAAGCCUUGCAGUAAAAGGGCAUUUUUUUAAAAAAUUGCUGAGAAAUAUUAGUCUUAGAAUAUGGAUAGAGAUAGCAAAGAACAGCUACUUACUAAAUUAGAGAAAGCAGCUGUGUACGCAAAACAGGUGUGCCCUAGCAAAUGCAGACUAAUGAAAAGUAUUUUGUUGUGUCUGGGAAAUCCAGUGGACACAGAAAAUUUGGCAGCGUGAACAAGCAAUGCCUAAUAUCAUAGGUAACAUUCUAACACUAUUUCAUGCACAGAUCCUGCCCGUCAGUGCUAAUUUGACCUGUCAGAGGUAUUCAUGUAUCUGGUUUUGCUUCAUGUGAAGUUAGAAAUAUAGGCUGCUGCUACUUCUUAUAGCUUCAGCCUAGCUAGAACUAUGAAGGAACAGCGGGUGGAAGUCUCGGGAGCAAAUUGGAAUGCAGAAUCACCAAGGAUCCUUUCUGAAUUGACAUGUAUGUUAACAUCUGGGGAAUGAUUCAAAAUCACAACCACCUGACGCCACCCUUGGAUUUGGGAGUUUUGCUAUCUUUACGGGUGAAAGAUAGACUCCUGCACGUGUGCCAGGCAGCCAAUCUCUCUGGGGAUUUACCUUCCCAAGGUUCAUAUUUUAUCAUGUUGUACAGCGGAACAAAUCAGUUACAGGAAUGACACAGACCAUCUGACCUGCUGGGGGCCCCUCCUGUCUGUGGAAGACCAUGUGGCUUUCCGAACCUUCCUCCCACACACACUGGCCUCUUUCUGCUUGAGGGUGUGUCUAUUCCUAACUUUAAAAAAACCCACCCCAAAUAAUUUCUUCCACUAUUACAACAGGCAAGAACAUGAGGGAGUGCUAAUGCAGUGAGGUCACUAUUGUUUUGUUAUAGGUCAGAUUUAGAAAACGCAGCGCUUAAACCACUAGCAAUGAACCCAGGGAACAAUUAAUAAUUUGGGUUGAAUUCUCAUUCAAGUUUUUUUACCUCUCCAGUUUGGUUCUAGUACACACAAAUUUUCAUUUAAUUGGUUUUUAAAAAUAGUAUAUUUAACAAGGAAAGAAAAAAAUCAGUGAGAAAAAAGAAACAAAAAACAUAAUCUGCUUACAUUAAAAAUACAAUAACUGCCAAUACAUUAUCUUAAUUUAAACAUGUAAAUCAAUAUAUGCCAUCCAAAUGUCCAAAUAGGUUUCUACAUGAAGAUGAGAUGAGAUGCAGCUUUACUUAAAUUAUCAAUCACACGGAUGCCCAGAGAGUGCCUAAUCACUCUGUCUGAGACAAAUUUGCUGGGAUUGCUGUUGGCUGUGGAAUUUUAUUCCGUAUCAUUGUCUUUUUUAUGUUCUGAGACACUUCAACCUCAAGCUCCAUCUUGAUUUCUGUUUGCCUGUUUAUACUUUCAGCUGAAGUUGUUGCUUGUUGGUGACAAAUGUAGCUUGUUGCUUGUGGAGGCAGCUCUGAGGUCACAGCCUGAGACAGCAGAUUUUUUUCAUGAAAUUUCAUGUCCUGGCCCUGCAUUAAACAGCACCUCCAUAUGAAGCCAUAGUAGUAAACAGUGUGAUCCUAUGCAUGCAUAUACUCAGAAGUAAGUCACGCUUUGUUCAAUGGGAUUUACUCCUGAGUGUAAAUUGGCAGCCUAAUUUGGCAACUGCAUUAUUUCACUUUGUACUACAUUUGCAAGGACUUUACCUUUGCUAUUUUAACUACUAUUUUUCCAUCAAGAGAAUCCAUUUUUGUAAGCUCAACAGAUGAACUUUGCUUGGCCAAAUCUUGCCUGCGUUGUUGGUGCUAUGUUUAGGCAGACGGAGGUUGUCGCUUCUGACAAUUGUUGUUGGGUGUAAUGAAAGGAAAGCAGUUUGUUAGUUAACUUUCACUGUGGUUUAUUUGUUGCUAGUCAUGAAAGGUGCUUGUGAUAUGUCUUGACCUGGAUGAGUGGGUGGGAUUCAUUUGCUGCUCUGCAAUAGGCAACAAAAUGACUUGGUCUAGUUUUGACCCUCCCUGCACAUAUCCCAGGUGAAUGAAGAAGGAAGUGGUGAUUGCAAGUCUGUGUACGCCCACCCACAACUUCACUGGAUGGGUGUGGAUGCACCCUUUCAUCGCUGGGACUGCCUUUGUCUCUUUUCAUCUGUUUUCAAAUUGAUUCUGCAUCUAUCUACAAUGAGCUUUAAUUUUUGGAAUGAAACCAGUUUCUUGAGAAGUGUUUUUCAGGGCCAAAAAAUGUGCAGUUGUUCCAGAAUGUGUGCGGAUUUUGUAGAAAAAGCAAGCACUCGUGCUCCAUUGAUUCCAGAAUAAAAUGUCAUGUGUACACAACCUGUAUGUCUGUGAUUUUAAGUUCUGCAAGUUCCCUAAACUGCCAGUAUCAAAAUAUGUGUUUCCCAGAAACUCAAUACAUACAUUAUGGCAUUGAGAUAGCAAAAAUCCUAGCAUAUAGGAGCUGCAGAAACAGUGUUCUAUAAGCAAUUGUUUCAGCAUGUUAUUUAAACUGGGCAAUUGGUCUCUACAUUUCCUCUUUCCACAAGACCCCAAGUAGUAGUAGUAGUAGUAAUAAUAAUAAUAAUAAUAAUAAUAAUAAUACAUUUAUUGUCAUUGUACAACCUGUGCAAAAUGAAAUUAAACAAGCCUCCCACCCCAAACACUCAGUCUCGUUGCACUCUGUGUGCUUAUUGAACAACACACCACCUCACAAGUCAAUUUUGCUGUGUUAUUUUCUGUUCAACAGCAUAACAGCCCAUGGAUAGAAACUAUUCUUUAGUCUGUUGGUACGGCUGACCAUACUUCUAUAUCUCCUCCCCGAGGGUAGAAGAUUAAAGUGGUGAUGGGGUGUGAGUCAUCCCCAAGAAUCUUUCUCGCUCUCCUAAGGCAACAAUCCCUUGCGAUGUCAUCCAUCGGACUCAAGGGACAGCCAAUGAUAUCAUGUGCUGUAUUUACCACUCUCUGUAGAAACUUUCUGUCCGUGGCUGUCAAGCCAGCAUACCACUCUGUAAUACAAUAUGAAAGGACACUUUCUAUUGUGGACCGGUAAAAGGAGUUCAUCAAUUGUUGUUUAACAUUAUUCUUUCGCAAGACCCUGAGGAAAUGGGGUCUCUGUUGGGCCUUUCUGACCACCUGAGUUGUGUUGAUUUUCCAAGUGAGGUCCUCACUAAGGUGAACUCCCAGGAAUUUAAAGGAGGAGACUGUCUCCACACAGCCCCCCCAUAUACAAUGGGGCAAGUUCCCCUCUCUUCCUCCAGAAGUCCAACACCAUCUUCUUUGUCUUACUAAUAGUUAGGUGCAAGUUAUUCUCUGAGCACCAUGUAGAUACUUUUUGAACCUCUCCCCUGUAUGCUGUUUCAUCUCCGCCUGCAAUUAGGCCCAUUAUGGUAGUAUCAUCUGCAAACGUAAUAAUUACUGUGGAUGGAUCAGAUACAAUGAGUACAGGUAGGGACUUAGCACACAUCCCUGUGGGGUGCCAGUGCUAAGCUUCAGGGAGGUAGAUCUAACAGUCCCAAUUCUCACUGUGUCCAAUCCCUCAAAAAGUCUUUAAUCCAGUCACAAAUGGUAGAAGGAAGGUCUACCACUUUGAUAAACUGAUGUUUAUCAAAGUCCGGUGGGAAGCUUGACCUAAGAUGUUGAAGAACCAAUCUCUCAAAGCAUUUCAUCACUACAGAUGUCAAUGCAAUAGUUCUGUAGUCAUUUAGGCAGUUAGUUGCUGUUUUCUUGGAGACUGGGACAAUGGUAGCUGCUUUCAAGGAUGAUGGAACACAAGCCGUUUGCAGAGAGAUGUUAAAAAUCCUUUUCAGAACCCCUGCUAGUUGAUCGGCACAGUUUUUUUACUACAAUCCCCAGCACCCCAUCUCUUCCCCUUCUAUUCCCCCAUUGCAUGGCUUUCCUACCUUUCCCCCACAGUGUUUCUUGCACUGAGACCUCAAAUCCACCCCAGCUUUCAGCAGCCGCUGAUAAAAACUCCAUUCUGCAACUGUCAGGGAGUUAUCCCUGUCACACUGAUGGACUGUUUUAUAAGGCAUUUAUCUUUUAGCCUUUUAUCAGCAGUAAAGAGACCUCCUGUCUUCACUCCCAGCUAAUGACAGCCUCCUUCAGCGUUCUGGAUGGAGCAUCCGGUGUUCCUAGCUGCAGAAAUUGCUUGGUGACCUGGGACUCCACGUCCGGGUAUAAAAAAAGAAAUGGCCCUCACAGACUGAUGAGAUUAAUUUCCAAUAGUCCAGAGGAUUCAUACGCAGACCACUAGUGCCUCGGUGCCACAGAAAGCUUGGUCAGUGUGCCAAAAGGUUGCCUUUGUCUUAAGAGCUCCCCUGCCCCAAGCCAAAUUACAUUGCUGUGAUUCAGGGUAAGGCAGCAAUUUGAGCUGAGGUUCAAAUCUCUUUCUCCUGCAUCCAAUUUCAUGGACCUCUCUUUUUAAAUAAGGAAAACAAAGCAAUUCAACUCUAGAAGAACCCAGUGUAGGUCAACAGCAGAAACUAUGCUGGUAAUGAGAGAGGGAUUUAGAUAUAUCUUUGCUCAAAACCCCUCUUCAUUGGCUCAUGGUUUGGGGAGUUCAUGGAACUGAAAUGGACAUCUAGUUAUGGCAUUUGCAUCUUGGUGCAACUAAUGUGCUGGUCAUUUGCUGCAAUCUUAAGCAUGUUUACUCAGGUGUAAGUCCCAUUUAAUAGGAGGCACUGCUGAUCUUCCACCCUAUUUUCAAAGUAUAUUUUUAUCGCCCCUCCCUCCUUGUUCCUGAUAUAGAUAUUCACUCACCCUUUCUUCCCUGUUGGGGUGGGAAGGGGCGGGCAGGUGCCAUUUUGUGGUUUGCCUCAGGUGCCAAAAUGUCUUGAGCUGGCCCUGGUGAGGGUGGUAGACUUUGAGGCGAAAUGAAUAGCCUGUUAAUUCCCUCCCCUCUGUGAUACUGAGCUGGGCGCUUGUAAUGAACCUGUAAGGAUGGAAGCCUAUUGUGCUACUUAGUAAUAGCUGGCUGGGUUAACACUUUUUAGGUGAUGCAUCACAUCAAUGUGUUCAAUCUGCUUGCUUGUUUGAUUUUCCUUUUAGAGCAUUUUGAUGUAGCUAUAUAUUUUUUGUAUAUGUUUAAAAUCAAAAAAUGCUAAUAUAACAAAAUGAUAGGGCAUUGCUGCAAAAGGAAGGGAUCGUUUUGCGAUGUUUUUAUCGAGCUGUUUUUUUUAAAAAAGUGUCAUGUGAGCUUUAGGCAUUUUUCAACCUCAGGAAGUUUUUUAAAAACUAAUUUUGAGAUGAUUUCAUUUUAUUUAACAAAACUUAUAUACCACGUCAGUGUAGAAAAAAUACCUAUGUGGUUUGCGAAGAAUAUAAAAUAUACAAUGCAAAUCAGUUUUUUAAAAAAGUUUUCUAUAAGGAAUCAAAAUAAACAAAAAUACUGUGUUUCUAAUUGCAGUAUUAUCCAAAUCCUACAUUUGCAGAAAUGCAGAACACAGUGGAUAAAAUAAAGCGAAAAUCAGCCAUGAUUAAGCGACAUUGAAAGCAACGGGAUUUGUAUGUUACACAAAAACACAAGCACCAAGAGGGCAUUGAGUGCACUUUAAAAUGUCAUGUGUUUACAACCUUAAUCCUUAACUAUCUUUUGCUGAAUUUGCACCUCAUGCUUAAGUAAUGGCUUGCUCAAGUGAAGCAGGCACACAGAGUACAUGUUCAGUUAACAUGGACCCUCUUCUUUCAGUUUCCUUUGCCUCACCUUCAGUUUUCCUUUAUCAUUUAUUCCCUGCCUUUUAGAUCUUUUGGCCACUAACCGCUCAGUCCUGUUCCUUGGGCACCGAGGAAUUUUAGAUUUCCGCUCCUUGUACCUCGAUGAAUACCGUGACCGCCUGUUCAUUGGAGGAAAGGACACACUUUAUUCUCUUCGGCUGGAUCAAACCAACAUGGAUGCUAAGGAGGUAAUGUUCUCGAUAUAUAAUGCAAAUUUAAUGUUUACUAUAAUCAUGCAUGUUGAAUCAGAGUUUAUAGGGCACUUUUCCAAAGCGCUCAAAGUGGUUUAUGUACGUAUAUCUUUACAAUACAGUGGUACCUUGGUUUAAGGACAGCUUAGUUUAUGAACAACUUGGAUUAAGAACGCUGCAAACCCAGAAGUAGGUGUUUCGGUUUGUGAACUUUGCCUUGGAAACAGAACAUGUUCCACUUCCUGUUGAAUGUGUUCCAUUUGUAAAUUGAGUUCCCGCUGCUAUGGGAAAGCACACCUUAGUUUAAGAACGCUUUGGUUUAAGAACAGACCUCUGGAACGGAUUAAGUUCGUAAACCAAGGUACUACUGUACUGAACAUUCUUAUCCCCAUGGGAUGAGAGAUGCCAUACUUUAUCUGAAGCUUCCUGAGCAAGUUCAAGGUGUAGUGGAAGGCCACCAGCUCAUGCACUGUACUACUUUAUGUACGUUAGGUGCAUGUUUGUUAUACACGAGAUAGGAGGGUCUUCUUAGUAGGGGAUACUAGUACUCCAAGGACCUGAAUGAUGGGAAGCAAGCCUUUGGAAGUAAGUAAGUGAAUUGAUUCAAAUAGGGAUCAUGCUCUUUGAAUAAGGUUGGGAUAGUUUAUGAAAGGUGGUAUACAAAUUUAAUUCAUCAUCAUUUACACGCUUUAGUCAAGACAAGUGAGCAAAGCCCACACUUUGGGAGGAAUUCAGCAUAGCUGCUUGGCUAAUGGAACAAUCUGCCCUCUUCUCUUCCAGUGUGCUGCUCCGUGGGUUCUCCUGCCAAUUGGAGGGGGGAGCAGGAGGCCCCCAGAAGUCCUUGCGUAGGCUUCUGCUGGUGUGACUGGUUAGUUGACUCUGCCCAUUGAUAUUGGUUGGCUUUUGCUGGCACUACCUGCGAUAGUUCAGUUGGUAGAGCAUAUGAGACUCUUAAUCUUAGGUCAUGGGUUCAAGCCCCAUGUUGGGUGAAAGACCCCUGCAUUGCAGGGGGUUGGACCCUCAUGGUCCCUCCCUUCCAACUCUACAAUUCUAUGAUUUUACCUCUGAUUUGGCUGCGCUGUAUACAAUCCAGAAAUGGGAUAACUGACAGCAAUCAAGUACUGACUAACUGAUUUGGCUGUGUUUUCUUGUGGUCCCAGAACUCCGCCCACUUGCCUAAGCCUCUGUUUAGAAUCUUUAGUUUUACAUUUCCACCUUGGAGUCAGUUUAAACACCAUAGAAGUCUCACAUUGUAUAUCCCCAGCAGUUGCGCUGGUGGAGUAGAUUCUGCAUGCAUAUGCAGAGGUGCAGUUAAAUGGCUUUAAAAUGUUCUUCCCAUCAAGUGGAGCGCCUUCGUGGGUAAUCACUUUCCAGUGGCCUCCGUAAGGAUACUUAAAGGAUCCCUCAGAGGAGCCGUUUUUCCAUAGAAGCUGAAACUUGAGAUGAACAGAAGGCAUUCAGUAAAGCCCAGGCCUUAAGCAGACUUAUUGCCCAGGGCAGAGAACUUCAUUAAAUAGAAGCCAGAAAUGUGACACCAGCCAAAGGUUGGGGAUGGAUGGGAGCCUGUGUAAGGAAUGUUCCAGUCCAAAAGAGAUCAUAUUGCAAUUAUAUGUAAUUGGAAGUGUGAGAAGUCUAGACAUAUGAUCAGGUUAUGAGCAAUUAAUAUAAGUCUGCAGAAGGAUCCGACUGUCAUAUAUAGUAAAUGAUUAAAUUAACUGCUGAGUCAAAACCCAGCAAAACUGUGACAGGAAAUGAGAUCCUUGACAGGAUGGAUGUCUCUUGUCCCUUUUCGUGUGUGCGAAUUGCUAUAUGGGAAUCACUCUAUUCCUCCUUCCAAUAAUUCUGUGAAGCAAGUCACUUUAAUACUAUCAUUUUACAGGUUCAAAACUAGGGCUGGAAGCGUUGCGUUGUAAAUUUAAGCAGGGAGAGCAGGUAGAGAAAAACGGGACUCAACGUCACCAACUGGUGGCACAAUGUUCUAUCGCACAUACAAUGCGUAUAAAUCACUUUUUCUUUACCAGUCUAGCUGGGUCCUAAGACUAUAACGAGAGAGAGAGCGCAACAUUCCAAACAUUAAACAAUCAAGAAGAAACUUACGAGGUCAGAUAAAGUUUUAUAUUUUUGUACAACUGAAAGGUGUGCAGCCACUUAUUUUUAAAAAAUCAGUACUUUGCGAGGGUGGGUGGGUUUUGUCAUUAUUAUCUCCCUCAAAUAACAGUUUUCAGUGGCUACUAGCCAUGAUGGCUCUGUACUGUCUCCAUUGUCAAUGGCAACAUGCUGCUGAGGAACACAAGUUGGAAGAGUGCUGUUGUACUCCUGUCCGGCUUGUGGGGUUCCUAGGGGCAUUUGGGUUGGUUGCUGUGAGAACACGAAGCAGAACUAGAUGGGACUUUGGGAACCUUUUAAUGCUCUUAUAUUCAAAAGCCAGGCCCCAAACAUCAUUGACACUACUAUCACCAGUGCCAAAAUAUACAAAACAUAGUCCCCCCCCCCUCUUUUUUUUUUUUGGUCAUUAAAGUAUCUUUCCACUAACCACAUGUUACAUCCAGUACUUGUUCUGAGAUUAACUCACGCGAGCUCCAAACAGUUAUUUCCCUUUUUGUACUGCCAUCUUAUCUUGGGUGGGUUGAGCUGAAGCACUGAAAUGGCAGACCCCAGGAUUUUGUAGCUGAGUGUUGCUGAUUGUAUGUGCAGAUAGCAUGCCUGCUCCCUCCCAUCUUUAAUUUUGGAAAACAAAGACUGGCAUUUGGCGUUCUAGAGCAGCUACAGGCUAUGUUGCCCUAUUGCUAAUGAUUUUCCUCCUUCUCAACUUUUUCCAGUAAGGUAGCGUCAAGGAAGUUGCUACUGGGAGGUGUAUAUAAUUGAUUCUCAUUUCCUCCUCUUCCCAAGGUCAGGGAGGAACUGAUUGACACACACACACUUAGUUCUUUAGGAAGUGUUGGCGUUUGACAUUGGAAAACAUGAUACAUGUUUAUUCUACCAUUUAAUUAAAAAAAAAUACCAGCUACUUUAUUACUUCAACUCCCAUUGAGCUAAUGCUCUAGAGACUUUUCACAUGCCCUGAUUGAUUUUUAGGUGACUAGUGGCUGUACCUCCUGCUAAUCAGCAUAAGAUCAUGAUGUUGAUUAAGCCACACCACUGCUCCCUGCCACCCUCCAGCUCUCUCCCCUCCCCCUCCUUAGCACAAUCUUUUUCACUACAUUAUGUACCAAGACUGAUAGGUUCGGCUGAAAUGCCACUUGAAAGAAGAUGGUGUAAUAUGGCAGAACUUCCCAUUGAGCCUAUCUGUGAAGGCCCUUUUAUGAACAUUUGGUUUUCACAAAGCAUUCUGUCUUCUUGGCACCACUUGGGGUAACUAAACAAUACUGUGCCUGUCAUCUCUAACUAUUGGCCAUGGAGGAUGGAGCUGAUGUUAUGAUCCAACAACAUCCAAAGGGCACUGGCUACCCUUACAUUACUGCCAAAGCAGGGCUAUAUAUACUGUAGCAAGAGCACUCCCAAAUCUAUUUAAUGCAUUGUCACGAAUGAGGACCUGUCUCCCAAAAUAAAACAGAAUUGCAUUACUUUUGAUAUGCCAAGUGUAUAUGCAAUAUUAGAAAAAAAAUUACUGUAAUGUAAAUAGAAAUACAAUGUAUUUGAUCGUAGUGGGGAAGACUGUAUCUGCAUGACUUCAGUCUGCUCAGUCUGCUGUCCAUAUGCUAACUGUUGAUGGACAACUUCAAAGGUCCUGUUGCCCCUACUUACAGUUAUUUGCCUUGGAACUAGGCUUGGACCAGACAGUCCUUCAAAUAGAGGACUUAUUCAAAUCAGAGGACUGUCCUAAGGAGCAGAGUUUUGUUUGAGUGCCUAAAUAGAGUUAACUUUUUAUAAAUAUUUUUUAAAAUAUUUUUUAAAAGAAUGCUGAGCAUUGUAGUUUUUAAAUAUGGCAGCUGGAAGACAACACUUUGGUUCUUUUCUUAGAUGUUUUGUAGACUUUUGUUUCACUAAUCCUCCUGCUCUGUGAUACCCCACCCACUCUAGUCUCUAGUUGGUAAAACAUGUAGGGGCAGGCCCAUGAAACGUUCCAUGGGAUAAGAGUGCAUUUAUUAUAAUAAAUCACACAGUUUGGCUUCUUGAUGCCAUUUUGGAAAGAAGAUUUUAAGUACCACUGUGUUCAGCUGACAUCUUAGCCAGCUGCAAGUUUUAGCUUUUACUUAGAAAGAGCAAGAAGAUCAAACUUUUGUUUGUGUGUCGCUGUGUCCUUGAGGGUGUGAGACCACACAAAAGGGAAAUGGAAGGUCAAAGGAGACCCUUCUCCUCUACAUCUUACAGAAAAUGAAUGUCUCUCCAGAAUUCUCUGCCAGCACAUUCGUCUGUAAAACAAACUUUAUAAAUCAGUCCGUGGCUUGCAUAAACAGUUGCUAGGCUUAUGGUUAAAGAGCCAAGUUGUAAGGCCAGGUUAGGGUUAACCAGAUGUCCUUUAUUUGAAAAGAUCUCUCUAAAUUCUCUCCUAAUUCAUGAAACUGCAACUCUUUGUAGGAUAAUGGAUGCCUUUUGCUUGAGAUAAAAAUGACUCCAGAGUCUCCUUUAUUUUUGAAAUAUUAAUCUGGCAUCUUAUAUUCUUUAUUACCACAUUAAAUGGAGUGAAGCAUCCAUUACAGGCAAAAGAAUAAGAUUUAGCUUCCUUCUCUAAGGAAGCACUUUAUUUUGUUUCUUUCUUUUAUGUUUUCUUCUAUUUACUAUCUUGGGUGAUUUUAACAUUUCGCUCCUUCUCUUGUUAGGACAUUUUCUUUUGAUGAGUAUGAACCAAUAAAUAUGGAUUUCUUGUCUUCUCAUGUUGCUCUUCUCUAAGCCCCCAUUCUGUCUUGUUUUUGUCCUGAUUCUGCAGCUUUUCAUUUCCCCCCAACUUUUUAUAUCAUUGCUUCAAACUUGUUACUCUGUUCUACAGUCUUGUAGGUCUUCCCUUCCUCCACCUUUCUUCAUAUACCAUCUUUACUCCUAUCCUUGUGCUUCUGAGCAUACAUAGACAUGGCAUGCCGUAAAUAAUAUUGUGGAGAUAAUUUAAUAAUAAUAAUAAGAAUAAGAAUAAUACCAUGUGAUCUUAAGGCACUUUUGAACAAUGUUCAUCCUGAUUGGUUUGUAGGGAGAUUAGGCAACAAUGGCUGUUUAAGGAGCAUUCAUUCUGAUUUGCUUGCCAGGGAAGUUAGUGGAGUCAAAGCAAGCGUUAUCCCACAUUUUCCAAUGCAUUUCUCUGCCGUUUCCCUUAGCACAAAAGUUCUGAUAUUUUGGGGGAGCAGAUUUGUUGCACGAUGCCUUCUUCCAACUGUGCAACUUACAUUUGCCAGUAUGUGAUUGAAUCUCACCUGAAAAUAGCCACGGUCUGGAAGUGAACAUUCAUUUUAGGUUUUUGUUUGUUUGCUCUGUCUCCUGCAAAGGAAGCUUAUUUUAACUGCUUGAUACUGGGGGGAGUAUUUGUUGAGUACAACAGAGGUGAAAAUGAGCACUGCAGCUUCCUGCCUGUGGUAGUGACUUGUAUUGGUUCCAAAUAUCUGUGAUAAUCAAAGCUUCUUGAAAAUGAAUUGGUUAUUAUUAUUAUUAUUAUUAUUUACAUUUGUAUCCCACUUUUUCCUCCUCCCCAUUUUAUCCUCACAACAAUUCUGAGAGGUACGUUAGGCCGAGAGUAAGGGCUCAUCCUGCUUGCCUCAUCACUUUCGCCCAGGAAAAACUGAUAUUUACCCCUGAUUCAGAGCAAAAACCAAUUGGGUUUUCUCCCAAUUGAUGUUUGCUCUGAUUUAGCACUAAAGGGAGAGUUUUCUGGGAAAGGAGUAGGCCAAACAGAAAACCACUUGGACCUGUGCCUAAAGAGUGUGGGAUAAGCAGAAAACUGAUUGGAGCCGAGCUUUCUGAGCAUGGGACAAGAAGAAGUGUUGACGAGCCCUAAGUGACAGACCGAAAGAGCUUCAUGGCCAAGGGGGAUUUGAACUCUGGUCUCCCAGUUCCUAGUCUGAAAUUCUAACCACUAUGCCACAAUGGUUCUCAGAGGUUAACAUUCCUUCAGGGAAAGUUUAAGUACAGGACAAUUUUAUUCCUGGCAAAAAGUACAAGCAUAACAAGGAAUUUAGUUGUUUGUCAAAUAGCAAGAAGGAAGAAGACCCUGCAGCAAGGAUUUUCUUCUCGGCCUGAGGAAACUUCACUCCCUAGUUCCAUGUCGUCGGAAUGUCUUGCACUUACGUUUUUGCCUUAUGUUGCAGAUCUACUGGCCGCCACUACCUGGACAGAAAGAAGAAUGCUUUCGGAAAGGAAGAGACCCAGUGGUAAGUCACCCUGUAAAGCAUCCUGAUUAAUUUCCUAUGAGUUUCGGCACUCCUCUGAUGACAUGUUUGAAAUGAACCUGUGACUUCUGGGAAAAGGCCGGCUGCAUCCCUUGCUGACAUCAUCUUAAUCAGUUCAUCCUACUUCCAUUUGGGGCAACUCCUCUAUCCCUCUUCUAGCUUGUUCAUGCUAGAAACAGGUUUGAUGAUAAUCCGCUCUUCUCAAGGGAUCCAGGGAAUUUCAGUUCUGCUGAGUCAGUCUAGGGAUAGCUGACUAAGAUUUCUUAAUACCCCAUCAAAUGUCAGUUCCCAAGAUUCUUACUAAGUCACCUUGGCAAUUAUUAUAUAACACUAAUAAAAGUUUGGAAAACAGAAGGCUAGAGGCAUAAUACAUAUUCAUGACUGUAAUAGAAUGGGAUGCUGGUGAUUAGUAUUCAUAACCUUGAAAGAAAGGUUAAGAAUUAGGUUGUUUUAAGCUCACUAAGUACCGUAUUUUUCGCACCAUAGGACGCACCCUGUUUUAGAGGGUGGAGAACAAGAAAAAAAAAUUCUCCCCCUCUCUGCCCCAGCGCCCCUUCAGCGAAGCGGCAGGAGGCGCUGCGCAGUGAGGGGGAGAAUUUUCCCCCUCUUGUUUUUCCGCUCUAAAACAAGGUGCCAUUUAAGGUGCGUUCAGGCGGCUACCUCGGAAGCCUGGAGAGCGAGAGGGUCGGUGUGCACCGACCCUCUCGCUCUCCAGGCUUCAGGUUCCUUUCGACCUGCUCUUUGGGGCUGGCGGGGGGAAGCCCACCACCAGCCCCAAAGAGCAGGUCAGGGAGCAGCGGAAAGGCGCAGCGGAGAGGCUCCUGCCAUAGCCGCGCAUCACCUCUCCAGCCGGGAGAGGGUCGCGGGGUGCUUCUUUAGCCCCGCGCGCCUUCCGGCUGGAGAGGUGACGCGCGGCUAUAGAGGCUCCUGCCAUAGCCGCGCGUCACCUCUCCAGCCGGGAGAAGGUCGCGGGGGGGCUUCUUUUGCCCCCUGCGCGCUCUCCCGGCUGGAGAGGUGACGCGCAGCUAUAGAGGCUCCUGCCAUAGCCGCGUGGGGGCUUCUUUAGCCCCGCGCGCGCUCUCCUGGCUGGAGAGGUGACACGCGGCUAUAGAGGCUCCUGCCAUAGCCGUGCGUCACCUCUCCAGCCGGGAGAGGGUCGCGGGGCUAUGGCUUCUUUAGCCCCGCGCGCGCUCUCCCAGCUGGAGUGGUGACGCGCGGCUAAAGAGGCUCCUUCCAUAGCCGCGCGUCACCUCUCCAGCCGGGAGAGGGUCGUGGGGCUAUGGCGUCUUCGCUCCAUAGGACGCACACACAUUUCCCCUUCAUUUUUGAAGGGGAAAAAGUGCGUCCUAUAGAGCGAAAAAUACGGUAUGUGACAUUUUAUGAAGGCUUUAUCACAUUUUAAUUGUAAGAAAACUUGCCAGUUUUAAUGAAUAUAGAUUGGGAACCUGUCCUUCAGGCAUUGUGUUCUUGAUGCGUCCAUACAUAAGCAUCACAUCUUUACAGAUUUUACUUGUUUGGGCUGUUAGAAAAGAAAGCUCAUCACAUGGGAAGGUGAGUAGCUUGAGGGACAGUUCAAUGUUUAGCUCCCGCCGGUUGGAUUUUGGAAGCAUUCCCAUGGAUAAGUGCACAUGAAUAUGUUUUGUUGGAAUGAGUCAUCCAUGCAGCUUGUAAAUUGCUUUCGAAUAUAUGGGGUGGGGUGGGGGGUGGGGUUAUAGAAAGGUGAGUGACUACAUGUAUAAAGGAAUGAACUUGCUUCAAGGCUCUUUGCUACAUUGUUUUGUGAACUGAAAUCUUCUGUGUGUGUGAAAGUACAAUUCUAAUUUGAGAAUAACUGCCCAGGCAUCUCUCUCCACCCCCAGCCCCAUCUUGAUACCAUAUAUCUGAAAACUGGUCCCCACCUGCACUUCAAUAUUAAUCUAUCAAGUCAAAAAGGGGAAAAAAAGUUUUUUUAUGAUACUAGGACAUACAUAUAUUGUUUGGUCCAGUCUUCCCCAGCUAAAGCCAAGUUCACAUAUCCGCUCACUUCUAGAUACAUCAGAUGCAUCAGUUAGCUUACAUUUUAGACACAAUUGUUUUCGCAGGCAUGGGAAAGUGGAAGACCUUAGGGAAAGGAGAAUCUUAAACAAGCAGCAGGAAACCUUCCUGCAGUGUUGGGGUACCAGUUAUAAGUGGGGUCACCUGAGAUGCACCAAAGGGUAUCACACACUGAACUAUCCAAGGUGAAAGAGACUGACAGUCUUUUUUAAAAAAAUAUUAUCAAAUUUUCAAGCACUAAACAUAAUCAUAUCAAGAAAAAUACAAGUGCAUUAGAAAAUUCAGAGAACACAAUAUUUGUAAAGCAUGUCUAGUGUAACCUCAUAUCACAGAUUUUGUCACUGAUGCAUAUUACAAAAGGAUAUCUCACUCAAAUAUCUCACUCAUAAUAUGACAAGUUUCCCAUCUCCAAAGUUAACAAAUUACAGGAAAGGCUGAUUGGAAUAACGGUUCUUAUUAAAAGCAGAAGAAAGAAAACGUCAACCUGCUGAUAUCAUCAUUACCAGAAUGAUGGGUUAAACAGGCUUCCAAAAUCCUCAGGGGCGGGGGUGGGGGGGCAGGAAGGAAAGUUCAUAUUGAUGUACCAGAUGUAUAUGAACUUGGGUAAAAAUGACCAGUGUGUUGUUGGGCUAAGUUUGCUUCCCCCUCAAGAGACAUUACAAGGGAGAUAUGAUUACAUAAGGAAAGCUCUGCAGAAUCAGACCAAAUGCUCACCUGGUCCAGCAUCUUACUUCAGCAUCGCUCUAGGUUGAUUGUUCUGUCGGCAGAAGCUUUCCAGAUGGAACAAUCUCCCUUGUCUUCCCCCAUGCCUUGUUCUGGGUGUUCUCCCACCCCACAGCCCAGCUUCAGGGAUUAAAGGGGGUUCGUGGGGGGAGGAGAGGGGGACAGAGACCCAGAAUCCUUUGAGGGAAAGACUCUGCUUUGAAUGUGCUUUAAAGGUGUAGCGUGUAUGGUGACUACACUACCUGAAAGACCAUAAUUUCCUGCAUGAAGAUGCCCACAUAUUAUAGUCAUCAGGGGAUGUCAGGACAUCUCCUUCUGCCCUCAUUGGAUACAUUCAGAUGCCAGGUUAAACAACCCCACUUGAAGGUGUGAGUAUGUGUGUUUUAAAAAACCAUAUAUUGUGGUACUGUUCAUUAUUCUUGCUUUUUUUUUUGUUUUAUUUUCUUACUGCUGGAUUGUGUUUCUUUUGUUUUAAGAUAUUUUGACUGCAAUCCACCCCGAAUACCUUAUUUGAGUGAACAUGGGAUAUAAAUGUUUUAUACAUAAACAAAUACAUAUGUGGUAUAUUUAUAUUACUUUUCUCAUAGCUGCAGUGUUUUCCAUUCCCUUACUUUGCGGGUGAGAAAUCUUUUGGUUCUCCAGAUGUCAUUGGACUACAACUCCCAUCAACCCCAGCCAACACAGGUCCAGGUGAGGGAUGCUGGACAUUGUAGUCCAGCAGUAUCUGGAGAGCCACAGGCUCCCCCACCUUUCCCUUGCAUAGCUUACCCUCACCACUGCUCUGUGAGGAUUACUGGGAGGGAACUGACAGUGGAUGGCCCACAACAACCCACUGAGCUCACAGUUCAGGAUUUGCACCCAGUCCUCUAAGUCUGACUAGGCAGCCACUUGUGUGGACAGAGCCCGGGAAAAAUGUUAAUGGGAGCUUUUCCCGCAGGGCCCCUUGCACAUUUUACUUUCUAGCUUUGCCUAUUCUUUACAUAUCACUUCACAGUCACACAAGUAGUUACUUAGAAAACAUGCUCUGAGACAAUGGGGACCUUGAGAGGCCUAAGAGGGGAUCUGAACCCCUUGCUGACAGUCCAUCCCAAAGUAAUUGCUCCCAAGAGUGGCCAUCACUCACUUCGGUUUCCACAUGUUUAUUUUGCAAUCUGUCACCAAUGGCUGCAGCCUUUCGGGUAGCUAGCCUUUUAAAAUUCCAGCUCCUUUCUAUUUUAGUGGGUAACUUUUGCAGAAACAAAGCAGGGAAUCCUCUGAAAUGGAGCAUUUAGCUACACUGAAGGGCACUACAGUAUUCGGGCUCUUAAUAUGGGAACUUGACCCAUGCCACACUGCAGGGAACAGAGCAAUGGAAGUAGUCCUUAAUUAUAAUGCCUUUUGGGAAUACACUUACCGCCAAAGGUCCAAUUAUCUUACGGAAGUGAAUUGCCUUUGCUGGCGCCAUCCCACAAAGGCACCCAACUAGAAGGUAAGCGUCAUUGCCGUCAGCCAUUCUGCCUGUUGGUUAUACUGAAUUUUCAUAAUUCAUCCUCAUCACUGCACUGUGAAGAUUACUAGGAGGGAACUGAGGCAGACAGAGAGUGGCUUCCAUAAAGCAAUCCACCAAGUUUUGUAAACUGUAGAUUUCUGUACUGUACCUUUUUUUGAUUCUUCUAUCGAUAACACUUUGUGACUUUGUUGACAACACUGCCCGUUCCUUUUCUUUUCACUAUUUAUUGCCUCUGUGAGCUGGUACAUGACACCCAGACAUUAUGCCCUCAUUUAUAACCACAGGUUGGCUCUUCUCCCUCAGUGCUCCAUUGAACACUGAGAGGAGCUGGAAACUAAACAUUAUGAGGAACAGUUGAGGAAGUUGAACAUGUUUAGUCUGGAAAAGAGGAGAGUGAGAGGCGAUAUGAUGGACAUCUUCAAAUAUCUAAAGGGCUGAGCAAGCUUGGUUUCUUCUACUCUGGAGGGUAGGACCCAAACCAAUGGGUUCAAGUUACAAGAAAGCAGAUUCUGACUAAACAUCAGGAAGAACUUUUUGACACUAAGAGCUGUUCAGCAGUGGAACGGACUCCCUCACAAGGGGAGUGGAAUCUCUUUCAUUGGAGGUUUUUAAGCAGAGGUUGGAUGGUCAUCUGUCAUGGAUACUUUAGUUGAGAUUUCUGCAUUGCAGGGGGUUGGACUAGAUGACCCUUGUGUCCCCACCAACUCUAAGAUUCUGUGAUUCUAGGAAUGUAGAAUAGAGAAAUCAAGUCAACUGACUGAGUGAAUGCUAAUUACCACAAGUGGCUGCAUCAUGGGCAUAAUAUUUUGUGUGUCUGUUGACUGAUAAGGAGAGGGACAAUAAGUAUUCCUUGUUUUCAGGUGCUACUUUUGGAUUUCCCCCCAUUUAACUCUGGUGCCCUCUUGCCUGAGAAAAACCAGUUGCUCCUGUAGUAUGUUUGUGAGACUAGGAGUGUCAGAAGGCUUCUCUAAGCACCAUAAUUCAGCUAAAUGGAAACAGAGAUUAAUCAUGGUUGACAGAAUUAAAUAGACUCAUUAGAACUCCUCAUGCCACUAGAAAAACAGUAGUAGUAAAUGCUAAAAGAAAUGGAAACAAGGACUUCAGAGCCAACUUUCUUAUUAUAAGGGGAGGAGAAAUGGGUGUAUGAAAGCAAUUAGAUUAUCGGCAGUGAACUCUGGUUGUUUAUCUGGACUAAGGACCUUGGUAAUUUGAUGCUAAACUCCUCUAUUUUGGUUUAGCUUAGCAUAGCAAAAGGUAUAUUAGGACUCCAUUGGAAUAUUGGUCUAGUGUUUCCAACCUUAAGCUUAAAAAUUUGAACUCUUUUAAAAUCACUUAUUCUUUCAUGUCACAAGUUAUUAAAAUUUACAACAUGGGGGCUCUUAUCCUGCCCCAUUUCCAGUAUUUUCAAUUUUUGUUCCUAUUUCCCCCCAAUAUGCUAGAAAAGAUGGCAAUCCAAGAAAGAAGUCAGGAUGUGAGAGGUUAAUUUGUGACUCUCAUUUUUGUACAAAAGGUGCAUUAUCUGAAUACUUUAAUGUUGUUAAACCUGCCAGCUUUUUAAUAAAUCACAGUUUAUGAAACAUUGGGAAGGAUCAUCUUGACAUUGCAAAAUUUCACAAUGUGAGGAAGAAUGUAUGAAAAACAUGAACACCUUAUGGAGGUUGUUUUGAGAAAUAAUAAAUUUGUUUUGAACACAUUCAGACCUCAACCUUUUUCCCUUGAAUGUGAUUCUGACUUUUGUGAAUGUGACACUUCCCUGCCAUGAAUUAGACUUCUGCUUCACUUGCUAUUAAUCCCUGUAUAGUCUUAACUGGGUACCAACUUUGGCCUGGCUUUGAACCCAUUUACUAAAAGCAGAGGGUUAUGUAACCCAUUAUUUCGUUCUCUUGAGGUUUGUAAUUUAUUACCUAAAAAAAAAUAAAAAAAAAUUGGUACAGCUAAGAUGGAUAAUCAGAGAUAGGAUAUAGCAUGUUCUAUUUGAUGGGGUGAUGCGAAGUAAGAAGGCCAGGAUAGGAGUGGGAGUGACAAAGCAUCUAUUUUUCUACAGCAAUAAAUGUAGUUCCUUCUGUGUGUUGUGAGAUGGAUAGAUCUUUAGAGGCCAUCGGAAUCUGGAGGUGCCUUCAGCAGUCUCCCUGACUUCUCUGUGCUUAUCUGCCAAUGCUAGCUGCUCCGGAAAAGGGAGCAAUUAAUCCAGGUCAGACUUGUGAAUGGUCAUUUGUCAUCCUGCUGUGUAACUAACUAAACUUCCUUUUUAAAUGACUACUUUGUCCAGAUCAAGGUUGUAUGUCUCCUUCAUUUCCUGCCAUUGUCCCUCCCACCACCACUAUUACAUUUUGCCCUAUAUCUCUGUCCGAAUUUGAGAGCAGCUGGAAUUAGGUUCCUUGCUGAUGUUCCGUCUUGGGGACAGAACAUAAGGACAGCCUUGCUGGUUCUGGUCCAGCAUUCUGUUUCCCAGAGGGUCCAGCCAGAUGCCUAUGGAGGCUCCUAAGCAGGGCCCAAGGGCAACAGUCCUCUCCUGAUAUUGUUUCCCAAUAUCUGGUAUUCAGAAGCAUGGUGCUUCUGACUCUGGAUAUACUAGUACAGUGGUGCCUCGCAAGACGAAAUUAAUCCGUUCCUCGAGAGUCUUCGUCUAGCGGUUUUUUCGUCUUGCGAAGCAACCCUAUUAGCGGCUUAACGGAUUAGCGCUAUUAGCGGUUUAGCGGCUAUUAAAGGCUUAAAGGCUUAGCGGAUUAGCUGCUAAAAGGCUAUUAAAGGCUAUUAAAGGCUUAGCAGAUUAGAUAAAGGGGGAAAAGCGAAAAAAAUCUCAAGACUUGCAAGACAUUUUCGUCUUGCGAAGCAAGCCCAUAGGGAAAUUCGUCCUGCGAAGCAACUCAAAAACGGAAAACCCUUUCGUCUAGCGGGUUUUCCGUCUUGCGAGGCAUUCGUCUUGCGGGGCACCACUGUAUACAUCCAUCAUGAGUAGGUAGCUAUGGAACAUUUCUGUUACGAAAAGUUUUGGGAUAUUUGCAGGAAGCUAUGGGCCACACAUGGAUUGCUGCUUAUGCCAUGUGGCUGUCCUGAUGGUUUUGAGGAAGCAAGUUUUGAGACAAGACUUAUUUUUGCAAAAGCCAUGUUGAUUGUUUUCCAGCUAGAUUUAUCCUUCUGAAUGCCUGAUAAUUGUAUAUUUAAUUAUGCUUUCUACCAAUUUAUCUAGAGCAGUUGUAGAUAUCUGACCUGUAAUUUCUCAGAUCACCCUGGACACCCCCCUUUUUUAAAAACGAUGUGUUACUUUGACCACUUUCUAGUCUUCAAGUACAGAGGCCAGUCUUCGGUACAAGUUAUAUAUUUUUGUAGGUGAUAAGCAAUUUCAUAUUUGAGUUCUUUUGAGAACUCUCAGAUGAAUAACAUCUCAAUUCAGUGAUUUGUUAGUUUGUGAGACAGGCCUAAAACAUCAUCUCUUGUCACUACUAUUAGCCUCAGUUUUUCAGACUCCCUUUCUGAAAAUGUCACUUUAGGUGUGGGUAUCUGCCCCAUGUUCUCUACAGUGAAGAUGGAUGCUAAUAAUUCAGUUUCACUGCAAUCUCCUUAUCCUUCUUUAGCACACUCUUUGACUUUUUUUAUGUUGUUGCCAAACAGCUUCCCUAACCACUUUCCUGUUUGUAAUAUAUUUGAUUAUUUUUAUUGUUGGUGUUAAUGCUUUAGUAAUACGCACCUCCAAUACCUCUCUCUCUAUCUCUGCAUUCCUUAUGGCAUUUCUUUUGCCGAUGUUUGUGUUCCUUUUUGUUCUCAUUUGGGUAAGACGUCCAUUACCUAACCAUGCUUCCUUGUUGCCUCAAAGAGCAAAGUGGAGGUGGAUUUCCUGGGUGAGAGGCAGUCUGGAAGACUUGGUGGAGUGAUGAAGGGCAGUGAGAGCCGUUAAAUUUCUGUGUUAAGUGUGAAACGCCAUAUAAUGUUAGUUUAUAAUUUAAGAGACAUUCCCUUAUUUUAGAAAAUUGGCUAACCCUUUCAUACUAAGUUGUGGACAAUGGCCCACGUUCCCAUGGAGUUGUUGGAGCAGAGGAAUGACCAAGACUGUUGUACAAACUGAUGACUGAAUUUGCAGGUUAAAUUACAGUUUAUGCCAGUCUUCAUUCUGUGUUUUAUCCUCAUUGACACAAAAUUAUUACAUACCAAACUUUAAAAUCACAUACAGACACAGAGACAUGGCCAAAUAGCUAUCUAGCAAAGCGAGUGUAAACUGGCAAUGCUUGGUUGGGGUUCUGUUCUGCAUCUUGGUUUCUGAUCAAUGGUCUGGAGGCAGCUAGUGGCCUCCUGGAACGAACCCAGUACCUUGGCUCACGAUCUAAGCUCCCAUAUUUCAUGGAAUUGGAAGGAGUCUCAAUGUUUGUGCAUGCCAACAACCUGUAGCACUGAAGUGGUAUUUGUCAUUCCCAAACUGUUUGUUCUAGGGCCCAUUAAUUAAUACAGAAUCUGCUUUCCUUUAAACUGCCUCUUAGUGUUAUUGUCUUUGCAGGCAGAGGGCAAUUAUCCCCUGUCCUUUUUGAGGAACUCUUUUGCAUCAUGUGGCCCUUUGGAGGACAUCUGACUCUCAGCAAUUUUAUUAAAACUCUUGGGAUUUUAAUUCUAAUUUUAUGAUUUAAUCCAUAAAUCAUGUAUAUAGCAUUAUUAAAUGUAAAUAGCUAUUAAAGUGACUUACUGUGACUUUGAUACAGAUCAACAGCAAAGGAGUUCAGAAUCAAACUGGGGGAGAAGCCUUGUGGGUUUCUUUUAAAGAUCGAUUCUUCGACAAUUUCAUGGUUUGAAGUAGGGGUAAAGAGGUUCUGCGUGGUUGUUGUUUUUUUUAAAAAAGUUGAAGUAUUCUCAAGCCUACUUCUUGGAAUUUCUAAAUAAAGAUGCUGUUUCUAGCCCUAUUGUGACAGUUUCUUCCUGUUUUCUGCUAACCUAACAACACUGUUACAUAGCUCAUACAGGAAAUCAGGGCACAAGGCAAUAUGAAGACCUCACUUCCUGGCCUGAGUUGACCAUACAAUGGGAUGGAGGCAGAGGGGUCACACGUGUAGUCUGAUGAGGGAAAGGGCUUGCAUUAGCUAGAGUGGAGUGGCAGGGAGUGUGGGAUACGUGCCAAACGUAUUUUUAAAUUAAAAAAGCAGGAAUUUACUGCCCAUUCCCACAAUAACAAGGAAGGCCUGAUGCCUAGCUAGACAUAAUACAAUGGGGAUUGGUCACGUGAGCUUGGAGAGAGGAAUGGACCGUGUGACUGUAAAGGUAUUUGGCAUUGUUCUGUGCACUUGCAUGUGGAACCAAAUUUUUUGCAUCAUUGUGGUCCUUAGGGGAUUGGAAAACGCUAUAGGGUUUACAUCUGCAUGUAUCCCUUCCUGCUAUUUGGAUCCUAGGCGUAGGGUGGGGAAAGAGCUGGCGUAUCCCAGGGCUCAGCUUUGUUGCUGACUUUGACCCAGAGGACAAUGCUGGCAAGUCCAAUAUGACACCUGCUUUCAUUCUGAAUUGUUUUGGCUAUACUGCCUCCUUUUCUGCCAUAGUCACUUUUAUUUAAUUAGUUAAUUAAUUAAACUUUUUUAAAAAUUCCACUCCAGCCAAAAAAGCACCCAGAACAGCUUACAAAUCACAAAAACACACAGAAGAAGUCUGCUGGAUCAGGCCAAUAGCCCAUCUAGUCUAGUUUUCACAGUGUCUGACUAGAUGCUUGUGGGAAACCAGCAAGCAGGAAGAGAGUCCUACUCUCAGACUUAGCAUCUAAAAAAGACAUGGGGAGAAAGGGAGAAAGCAAUAAAUAAGCUCAGGUUAAAGCUCAGGUUGCUCUAAGAACCAAUUGGUCUCUCAACUGCGUUGAUGGAGAGACCUUGUAUCUCUUCUCUUCCCUCUCCUGCUGAUUAAGCUCUGGUCUCAAUGUCCAUUCUGUCAUCACACCCACCCACCUUUAACCAACUUUGAUCAUUGCUAAAAGUCGAUUUCUGUGAUGCACGUGAAGCAUCAUGAAUCCCAAUCGUUGUUUCUUUUCCAGACAGAAUGUGCCAACUACAUCAGAGUGCUUUACCCUUUGAACCGGACACACUUACUGGCCUGUGGAACAGGGGCUUUCCACCCAAUCUGCGCUCUUAUCUACGUGGGACACCGAGGAGAGGUAAGGAAGGAUGUCCUUUCCCCCCUCUGCGAUAAUGUUAGCCCUGUGACACUAUAAAUAUAUGAUGUGGGAAGAUCCGGCAUGUAGAGGAAUGCAAAGACAUGUGGUUCCCAUCACCAAAGACUUAAGAGCAGGGCAGGUAGCAGGUAGAUCAGGAUCUGCUGGUAGAUGGGCAGAAGCAACUCUCAAUAGUUUAACAACAGUAAGUAAAAGUUUUAAGUGAAAUAUCUGCCGUAGCCAGUCUUGACCUAUUUGCUUAUCUCUUAACCUUUGACUAUAUCUUUGUUCCAGUGUGCUGGCCACUAUGAGAGUUCUGUGUUAGAACCCCUGGUAUACUGUAACUCAGAUGUAGAUUUGUGUCUGUAAUACAGCGUACGUUUUAUGACGUGCUACAGGUAAUUGACUCUGUCACUGAGCCCAUAUCUUAUGGGAUGUCUUAACUCUUCCGUAGGUAGACUGUUGCAGAAGAAUUUAAGAAGAGCUCUGUGGAAUCAGGAUCUAGCUCACCAUUUGGUUCCCCAAGUGUCAAACUAGGUGCUUAUGGGAAAAUACAUGCUGGACUAGGUAGAUCAGGAGUUGAGGGAUGGGGGAAGUUUUUACAGCCAAGAUCUUUACUUAGCCACCCACCCUGCGGGACAUUUUUGACAGUCACCUAAUGUCAUUAUGACGUCAGGUGACACCCUCAGAGGGACUCGCUGAUUAGCGCUGAAAGUGACCCUAUGAUCAGCUGAUUGCCUCUGGCAGGACAACUUCAAAGGGCUCGCUACAGGCCCCAGUUUAUGUAAUUGCAUUCAAUUUGGAUUCAAACCAUGCCUGAAAAUGACCGUUAUUUUCUUUGCAGAGGAAAAAAUACUUGAAUCCAAACUGUGCUUGGAAAUGGACUUUAAAGCAGCUUGCAGUGAGCCCCUUUGAAGAUGCACUGUCAAUGAAAGCAUACCUUCAAACGGGUUUUCUGACAGCCCUUUGAACACAGGAACCCACACACAACCUGCCCCAAAUGCACUAGGAAGUUCCCCAAUGGAAACUGCUUAGUGCAAUCCUACCCAUAACAUAGAGAGCAAUGAAAUUGUUGGGAGGGGGAUGAGGACAGGGCCAUGGGAUAAUCCUCUCUUUCUCCCUCAGUGCAUGAGGUUUGAAUGACUGAAGUGUGCUCUAGGCUCAGGAACUUUCUAGCUUUGCAUUUCCUCAACAAUCUUUCCCAACCAUACAUUUAUAUUGCCCUAUUAAACAGAAAGGCUGAUUUAAGUGCUUGUAUUUCUUUAAACAGGGGGGAAAAAAACCUUGUUGCCCAAUAAACUGGACUGUAAUAUCAGAUGCACUUAAGUCUUCUUGUUGUUAUGGGUUAAUGUGGCUGGACUUGUGGAAUUUGUCCAACCAUGUAAGCAUCCAGGAAAGAAAUGGAUUUUGGGUCUAUUAAUCUGUCAGGCUGAUUGAUGCUCUACUGUGUAUCCGACCCCAUCUCAUACGACCUCUCCUUUCUGGUUGUUUUUUUAAAGAGAAAUCCACGCCCCCUUUAUUUUUUGGACACUCACUCCAAGCACAUUCUGUUAGCUAUUUGAAGGGAAGAAGGAACAAGAAAGAUGGCUGUGUAAAAAAGAGAGAGAGAGAGCGCCUACAAUGGGGAACAGAGCCAAGAACCAGGGAAGAGGCAGGUGAAAUUGAGAUCUCAACGACUGUGCUCAGAAGAGAAGCAGCAUGUUCUUAAUAAUUUGCAUUAAACCACCUGUCUCUUGGGGUGGGCAGACAGACAUGAACACCAGCUAUUUCUCUCCCUGUGCAACAAUGCUUGGCUGCCUCAUGUGAGAACUACAAGUAUGGCUGGCUGAUGUCAUGACUGGGAGAGUCCAGAACACCAAUUUUGGACUGCGGUUUUAUUUGUCUGGUGUUGGGAGCUACUAACCAUAUUGCUAAACUUCCUACUCCAAGAAAGGAAGGCCAUUGUGCAUUAGACAUGGAUCUCAUUUACUAGCUCAAUCCCUGUGGUUCUUUUCUGGACUGAUUCCUGAAGUUGUACAGUCUUUACAGAUUUAGACAGUGCUUGCUUCCUGCUGGGAUAUAUAUAUAUAAUUUUAUACACACACACAUAUAUAUUAAUUAUAAAAUAUGUGGGUGGCAUUUCUCUCCCUCCAAGCUUUUGAUUUCCCUCUGAGCCGUUGCUCAUAAAUCAAGCUGGCCUUAGCAGAAAGGUCAUUCCGCUUCACCCUGUAACCCCUCUCGCCUGGGAGGAUUUGACUCGCAGAAGCUUUUAUUGAGUGCAUGAGAGAAAGGACCCUUUCAGCACAGCUGUUCAUCGUGAGCAAAAGGGAUGAUAGGACUGUCCCUCUGACAUCUCACCCCAUAACCAUAUCCGGCAGUGCCUUCCCCCUUGCUAAACGCUCAUGCUGAUUUAGCCACGUUAUUGAGAGGCGUACCAAAAUACAAUUGGGGUCCUGUGCUGCUGCUGCUGCAGCAUGUCAGAAAUUUAACAAGGCCUAGCCUUGGCCUUAUAUUGGCCUGCAAACUGCACUGGGGAACAACCCUAUGCUUGGGUGUGGGUGGACAGUUGCAUGAUGAAGACAUUUAAUUAGGCAGCUUGAAGAGGCUGCUUUGUCUGGCCAAGUGGAUAACUGGCAGGAAGGCAGGAAAGCACAAGCUGUUCCAGGCAUUGCAAAGCAGGAGGGUGAAUAAUACAGAUUCCCAGCAUCCUUAGGCCCACUGUCUCAUAUAUGCCACUUUUUAAUUUUUUUAUUCUUAUGAUGAUCUGUGGUGCAGGAUCAAAAGUGUCAUAACUGCUUACCAUCUGAAAGUCAAUACAGAGCAAAAGCCUUUCACCAAAAUCUUUUAGACAACCCAGCAGGUUGGUUUGGGAAGGAACUCUUUGUUCAUCUGGGAUCCGGGGUAAGAAUGUUCUAGACUAGAGUCCUCACUCUCUCCCUGCCCCUCUGAUCCCAUCAGGGGUUACAUAACUGUAGUCUGGAUUGUAAAAUCAUUUCCUGGCAUACUGGAGAAAUGAGGAGAUGGUCUUCUGAGCUCUUCUGAAAGUCUUACUGACUCAAAAAGUUCCUCUUGUUCUGGCAGUUUUCUCUGUUGCUGUCUCUCCAAGUCCCAGCUGUUAACAUCAUGGGCUUGCCUCUCAGUUUCCUGAAACUAUGACUGAUUAAACUUAUCAGAAGAAGACAGGAAAGAUGAAUAGUGCUCAGGCCUCUGUUAAUAAUUUUCUGAGUAACCAAAUCUGAAAUAAGUACAAUUCCUUAUUGUAAAAACACACCAGAGCCAAAAUGAUUUCAAUAAUAAACAAAUUAAAGGGCUAUCAGUAUUGAGAAAUAUACAGAUUUAACAUGUUCACACUGAGAACAUAACUACAUGUGGUGUUGAUUGUAUUGCUUACAGUCAUGCUGCCAUGAUCUAAUUAUUUACUUAGAGGUGCACCCCUGGUUUUUUAAUUGAAACGGGUGUAUGGGAAAGGAAAAAAUAAUCGCUUCGCCCUUCAGUGUCAAAGAAAAUGGCCCAAUGGGGGCUUUUGACUAGUGUGUGUGUUGCUGCUGCUGCUGCUGCUGCUGCUGCUGCUGCUGCUGCUAUUGAGAUUGCAGUGGAGAGGGAAGAAUUAAACUUCUCCUUUCUGCACAUCGGGGCUCUAAUUAAAAAAUCCAAAACAGGGUCAAUGUAAUUGCAAGUGACCAGCUGGAGUCAUGUGAAGUUAAGGCCCUAAUUUUCGCUGAAUAAUGUCAGCAUCCAUUUUUCUUAUGGUUAGAUAGAAAACUUCAUCCUGGUCACUCUAUGCUAGCAUCCCAUGCUCGUCCUAAGAUGUUUUCUGAUGCAUCUGUCCAGGCUCUCUUCAUUCCUUCCACAUGAGCACUCUCUCAUCACCUCUGAAUUUCAGACUACCCACUCAGAGAGCUGUGGUUCUUUUAAGCUCUCUUGAUGCCUUAUUUGUCAUUUGUGCUCUUCUCUCCCCAGCAUGUGUUCAGCUUGGAUCCUUCCAGUGUAGAAAGUGGCCGGGGCAGAUGUCCUCACGAGCCCAACAGGGCAUUUGCAAGUGCUUUCAUUGGUAGGUGCCAAACUAGAUCAGUGUGAGUUUUGUACCCUAGCAGCAGGGUUGAAUGUCCUUAUUUUUAUGUUUAUAUAUUGCUUUCUGCCAAGGCAUUCAAGGCAGUUUAAAACACUAAACAAGGUUACAAAAUAUUAAAAAGCAGAUUUGCCUUCAGCGUUUGGUGGUUUCCCAGGAAGCUAGUAGUGUGAGCUCCUUGCCUGGCCUUUGCCUCUUCUGUUCUUUCCCUCAGAGAUCAUGGGUCUAAGUCGGCCCAGGGAAGUUCGUGGAGGGGUGGCCCAGCCAUUCUCUCAGGCUCUUUCAUGGCCACCUCAAGAGCUGGGGACAUGGUCUUUAACCACUAUUUUAGGAUGGGGAAGCCUCUUUGAUCAUGUGAUUUUACUGCUUGUCAGUUCUGACAGAAAAGAAAAGGCUACAAGCAAGCUACUGUACCUUCAUAAACCCACACUGCAGCCAGCUGCUCUCCGAAGUGAAAACUGGAGGUAGCUCAGGUUGUCCAAACCAGUUUUAAAAGUGGCCAAUAAAUUGCACCUACAACCUAAAGUUAAUACAAAAUUCAGUAGUGAAUUCUUUAUAGGAAAGCCUUUAUAGAACCCCCUCCCCAAAGAUAGGUUUGGGGGGUUGAAUGUUCAUUGGAGGCAUCCAUACUUCUCCUCAGUUCAGUGUAUGGUUUGUAAAUUACCGGUAUUAUUAUUAUUAUUGAUUAUUGAGUUUCUUACCUGCCUUCACCAUAAAGUGCCAGGGUGGGUUACAGCAGUUGAUAUGUGGUCCCUUUCAUAGGUAAGACUAUGCCCCCCCCGCCCCAUAAAAAGUGUGCCUGCUUCUCAACUAUAUUUCAUCUAAUGAACUUGCAGUAUACCCCAAUCAUGUGUGUUACAUACCAACAUUUCAACUAGGAAACUUGGCAUGUGAAAGGAGGGUAAUCUGUCAGUGACCGUACUUGCAUGCUUGUGUAAGGCAUUUUCUGAACUCUUUCAAGAUCUCUGUGCUGAUGUGUAUAUAACUCAAAGCUGUGGUCUAUUAAACUAUGGUUUAUUAAACCAUAGUUUGGUGUUAUGUUUGUACUUUCACUAAUGGCUUCAUUAUUGUUUGUUUAUUGCCAGUGAACAAUGAUCUGAAGUCUGUUGUUUAACUAUGGCUUGGCAUUAUGUGUGAACUCAGCAUCCUUCCACACCAUACCAUAGUUUGUUUGGACACCUCAGACGCUCACCAAGAAAAAGGACACAAGGCACAAGUAGCUGGAAAACUGACCAAAUUUUGAAGAAACAAGCCAUGGUUCCUUUGUCUGUCUGGGGAACAACUCGUGGUUAACUCAUGACUUUUUCAACCAUGGCUUAGUGUUAUAAUGUGUGAAACAGGCCAAAAUCUCCUCUUUUUGAUGUAGUUGUAUAAAACAGGUUUAUGUGACUUUUCAGCCAAGCAAUUCCUGUGCUGUGAAGAUUGGUAUAAGGGACUUGCCAAGACUAUGACCUUUGAAAGAACCAGUGCCCAAAUCAAUACUCACCAUUAAUUCAUUAGGAGAUUUUAGGCAAGGCUAGCCUCUCUCUGCCUCCCAUCUACAAAUACUGAUGUACUUUAUAUGAUGGUUAUAAUAUAGGAUGAUAAUAAACAUCAUGUAUGGGAAGCUUUUUGAAUAUUCUAGUGUGCUUUAUAAUGCUACGUAUUGUUUUUCUUGUUAGUGCAUGACUGUUAUGCAAGGAUUGAUUGUUUCUGUGGGGCUUCUUUCCCAGGUGGAGACUUGUAUACAGGACUAACAGCAGAUUUCUUGGGCAGGGACUCUGUGAUCUUCAGAACUAUGGGACACCGCUCCCCUCUGCGCACUGAGAUGGACCAGCGGCUGCUUAAUGGUAGGAGAACAGGAUGUGAAGUGGAGUGGAGGCCAAAGGCUACAAUAAAAUUGUACUUAGAAAAUAAGAACAGGGAGUUGUCUGUAUAACUAAGCCUCUUUGGAAUAUAUGCCCAUUAAUAAGAGGACACCUUGUGUGCUGCUUCUUUUGGUAACCACUUGUUAUUAAAGUGAGCUUAUUAGUAUUUAAUUGGGAAUGUUUUAUAUGGUUUUAUGUAAACUGCUCACAGGUUUUUCAAAUUGAGUUGUACACAGUAUAAAUCUCGUUAAGUACAACUAAACAAAUCAUGCCAAGAGGAAGCCUAAAAAGGUUUAAAAAUAAAAUCAAAUAAAAUAAAGGUCUGUGCCAUGCUUCAAGCGGUUUCUGGUGAUUUUUUUCUAACGUGCCCGUACAAUAUUUUUCUUACAGCCCCCAAGUUUGUUGCUGCUUAUCUGAUCCCAGACAAUGAUGACCGGGAAAAUGACAAAGUCUACUUUUUCUUCACUGAGAAAGCAGCAGAGUCGGACAGCAAAGGCCGGGCCAUCUUUAGCCGUGUGGGGAGGGUGUGUGUGGUGAGUUCGUGGGGUCUAUUUUGUCUGUAGAGUAUGGCGAGCGUUGCACGAGGAACUGAAUGUAUGGAGACCAACAGCUUGGUGCAUUACUGACUCCAAAGCUAUAUUAUUGGACAUAUGUGCUUACAUGUAUGUGUGUGCCUGCAUGUCAGUUCCUCCCACCAUUGUCACUUGAAAUGUACUGCAUGUCACAGGACAAGGCUAGUCUACUGUUCAUCCUAGGUGGACUAGCCUGGAGCAGCCCUCAUAGUGUACGAUCAAAAUAAAGGGUGACCAUACACUGGUAACACCAGAGAAGCUCCCUGAUUCUUUUGCCACAACAUAAGGCUGCAUUUGACUUUGGCUCAACUCUCCUGUUCAGAAUCUCAGGUUUUUAUAUGUCCCAGUGGCUUGAUUGUGGCUAAAUCCCAUUACCAAUCCCUUGUGGCCCUUCGAUUUCAGAACCAGCACACUCCCUGGAAAUAACAGGCUAUUACUGUACUAGCCAUAGGAUGCUAAUGUAAAGCCAGUGGAAGGGGUUGCAUAAGCCUUGGAUGGGCUUAAAUACAGAGAGAGAGAGAGAGACAGAUCUUCUUGGACAAAUUUAGCUACCUAAAAUGAGGGCUUUCAGGGGACCCAACACCUUCCCUGAUUCAUGCACACCUUGGCAAUAUUAUUUAUGCUUUCAGCUUCAGCUGACUGUAGGUUCAUCACCAUUUUUUGUAUCAUAAUCAUGAUGUCAGAUCAACUAGUCAGAUUUGGUGACAUGACAAUGCCCCUAGUACUAGAAGGGCCACUCUGAACUAAGAAGGACACUGAAGUGCAGCCAUUUGGGGCUGCAAGGUGCUCAUAAUGGAUUGGAGCCCACUUCCUUCUAUGUGCAGAAUCUCCCUGCAGCAACAACAACAAUAAUAAUAAUAAUAGCCCCCUGCCUGCAAAGCUCUGGGCCCAAUAUUACAAGUUUUCAAAUCUAUUAACGAGGGCUGAGCCCGUUUGGGCUGAGCCCUGGAAUCAGAUCUGCUUCCGUACUGCCUUUGGCUCCUGAUCAACAGCUACAGUAUAGGAAGUCUGUUUGGCACGCACAGCAUUUUUAAGCACUUCAGUCAAGACAGUGCCUGGCUUGAGAGGGCUGCAUAAAUCUCUUGUGGCUGCAAAUGUUUCUUUUCAAGCCAAGGUUGGGAACAUGGAAUUUUUUCUUUUUGGUAAUUCUGUAUAAUGUGGGGGGGGGGGGAGGAAAAAGCAUGGUGGGGGGAUUCCUUCAAAGCCUUUGAAUUCUUCAGCCUUUCAUCCACAUGGAAACUCCCCCGUUUUCUGUACAUGUCACUUCCAAUUCCAACCUUCCUUUUUCCCUAGAUCUUUUGCACCACAGCUGCUUUGUGCUCACUUGCUUUUCCUCCAAAGGAUUCCAUCAAAGGGUCUGAUGGACCAUCCUGUGUGUAUCUUAAUUUAGCUGAAGACUUGCAUUGCAAGGAAAUGGACUAACAGCAGAAAUAUUUUCUCUGUGCCCAUUGCCAUCUGUUUUAUAGAAGAGUUGUUGUAUUCAUUUCUUGGAGAUUUCCAUAAAGGCACUUUCUUGUAGGGUGAAGCAGAGACUUCUGCUGAGCAUGUGUCAGAACAGAGAGCCUGUGCCCUUUCCUGAAGGUAUCUUUCUCUCUCUGCCCUCAUUUUUAAAGGCUUGAAGUUAAAUAAUUUAUACUUGAGAGCCAUUAUGGAGCUGGAACUCUGAGGUUUUAAAGACUGAGUUAUGCUGCUUUGAAAAUCUUCAGCUGAUUUUUUUUAUUUAUCCCUGCUGCUUAACUUUGUGCUGUGUUUAUAUAUUAUUAUGGUUUGGAGGGAUUAUAUUUUAGUUCUUCUAUUGUAAAGCUGCCCAGAGAACUCCGGCUACGGAGCGGCGUAUAAAUGUCAUUAAUAAGAAAGAAAUAAUUGCUUUGAAACUGUUUUAAUUGUCAUAUCUUGCCCAAAUGGGUAUAGAAACAUUUUUGUUGGUUGGGCUGAAACUGGAGUGCUUAACACUAAGUAUCCUUUUGAAUUAUGCUAACUUUAUUUAACUUAAUGUUUUCAGAAAGGACAGAGGCUUGAAGGAGCUUUUCAUUUCAUUUCAUUUUGUCUUAACAUUUCAACCUGUAAAAUUGACUUAAGUUCCGUAGCAGCUCCUUGCUAAAGCAGCCUUGGUUUUUAAGGUGCUAAACUCAGUCUCAGUCAGUUUUAUUGCACAUAGCCAAAGGCUGCCGCAAUGUACACAGAAUUAUUUGACAAUUAAAAGAAAAUAUACUGAAUUGGUAAAAAAAGACUUAGGUGCUAAACUAGAAUCAGCAGCAAAUUUCCUUGCAGGACUGAACUAAGCAAGAUGUUAAAGAUGUGGUUUAAUAGCAUGUUUUGUUUCAUUUUGUUGUCAAGCAACAACCCUGCAAAUAACAUUAGGCUCCUGUUAGUAUUGCUUAGGGCUUUUCAUGAGGUCUUUAUUAUGUACCACAUUUUAAGGCCAGCGUUGUUAUCCCAGUAUUGAAAAUUGAGGGUGGGGCAGAGGAAACAGAAAGACUGAAAAAGAAAAAGACUCAAUGCCACCUAUUGAGAUCAUGCCUGGAGGGAGAGUUGUACUGGAAAUUUCCCAGUUCAAAAAAUAAGCAGAACCCAUGUAGAGGUGAACUGGUUCCCAGUGUGUUUGGAGAUAAUCUAUUUGCAAAGGGACUUACACACACACACACACACACACACACACCAUUUCUGGAAAAAAACCCUGCUUGGGACUGUUUCUCUUGCAGCUCACUUAAGGGGCUGUUCUUGUUUGUUUGUUUGUUUGUUUGUUUGUUUGUUUUGGUCCUCCUGAGGUUGUUUUUGGCCUUUUUAUUGUGUGGACUUCCAAGUUCACAGCAGGGGUGGGAAGACUUUAGGCUUGCAGGGUGAAAACAUAAGAAGAGCCCUGCUGAGUCAGGCCAAUGGCCCAUUAGUCCAGCAUCCAAUGCCCAACCAGAUGCCUGUGGGAAAACCACAAGCAGGACCUGGGCACAAGAGCACUCUAUCCUCCUAUGGCUUCCAUCAACUGGUAUUCAGAAGCACUAUUGCCUCCAUGCCUCUUCUUUGUCUUUUACUAGAACCCUGAGAUCCACCAAAUAGAGGCAGGGGGAAAUUAAAGAAUUCUGAUGCCUUGCAUUGCUCCCCAAACCCCUGAUGAAAUAAUGAGAUGCACAUUUGUCAGAUAUCGCUAGAGACGCUAGCUCCAGAGGCAUGAUGCUGCAACCAAGAAGGCCCUGCUUCAUUUCGGGUAGGCUUGUCUAAACAAGAAUGUUUUUAGCAGGGGCCAUGGCAGUAGAAUUAGGAGCAGAAUGCGUCUCUCUGAGUCAUGGCAGAAAGGGGGAAAGUUGUUUUAUGAGAUAAGAAGAGAAGAAGAACCCUGUUGCACCAGACCAAAGACUUACGGGAAGCUACAGGCAGUAGUGAGCACAGUAGCCUUUUCCCACUUGUGAUCCCCAGCAACUCCUAUCUAGAGGCAGAAUAGCCAACAUGACAAGUAGCCUAUUUUAACCUUAUCCUCCACGACCCAGAUAAUUGGUAAUUGACCAUUGACCCAGGCUGUUUACUCAAGGCUGUUUCACAUUCUGCUAUACUGAAUGUGAACAGCUUGAAAACGUUUUCUUUUUUAAAUCCAAGGGAAAAUAUAAAGUGAAAGAUAGACUUUCCAAUUUCAUUUGUGUUACGGAGAACUGUUCUUAAUUGGAUCUAUUUUGGCAGUACGGGUGGAGAUAAAAGAGGGGAAAGCUGGUUUGCAGGAAAGAACUGGGGAAUAAACAACAGGUAAUCAUGGAGGGAAAAAUCCAUAGGAAGUGGGGAUGUUAUGGAUGCAUCUUGCUUGUUGAGAGAGGCCCCCUGUCCCUGAUCAUGCAUUGGAUAUGCAUCAUAACAGCAUCAUACCCUAGGAAUGUUGAUGAGAACUACACCAUAUGGAACAGAGAAGGUCUACCCCCUGCUUUGCUUGCUUUCUCUCAGAGUGCCAUUUGGUUGGGAUUGCUCCAGUACUUUUGGAUGAGGACUCCAUCAAUAUGCUCAUUUGCUCUUACCCCUCCUUUUGUCUUGUGGGAUUCCACAGCUGCUGCAUUCACUGUUGGGAGGACACUGCCAGAUUAACAUCUAGAUGAAUCGACUGCACUGUGCCACAUCAUCAGGCCUCAUGGCUAUUGAUUCUCCAUUGCAAUACUGAUGGGUAAAAACAUUGUUGUUAGCCACCUAGAGCUGACCUCCGCAUGGAUAUGUUAGCCAGAUGUAACAUUCCAGUUAUUUCAACCUUGAGCCUUUGGCUUCUGGGAAGCCUGAGAGUUACCCUGUCAGGGACUGGUUGGAUGCGGAGGAAUGGUGGGAGGGACCAGUUGGUGGUCUUUCAGUCUCGGCAACUGAUCCAUGAGAAAUAUCUACUAGGGAUGAAUUGCUGUGCUCAUUAGGUCGGACACUCUGCCAAGUCUGUGCAGAUUGUGUUCUUGCUAAUAAAGAGUUAACUCCAACUUGAACGGUGUGAUUUACUGCCGGCUCACUCCUGACACACCCUAAUGGAAUGAAGGGCCUAAGAGCUGGAUUCAGUUCCUGCUUCUGCCACUGAAAAGUAAACUCUCCUCUGCUGCAAAGACAUAGGGGAGAAAAAAAUAAUCAGCUGGAAAUUAUCGUGGAGGCACCAGCCUGUAAUAACUCAAAUUCUUUGGAACUAGUACGAAACAGUAUGCUGAGGAUAGAGAGGGGAGCUGGCAGCUUUCCAUGCAAACAGAAAAGUUCUGUUGGCUGUGAAUUCCUUGCUCUCCUCCUAAUCCUAGAAAUAAACAUUUAAGACACAGCGAUGAAGCAGUUAUUUAUUGGAUUAAUCAAUCCCUACACAGAGAGGAACUCUUUGUUUGUUUGAGACGCAGAAACGUGGAUAUAGUCUGACUUCCAGAGCUGGCAGCUUGCCAUAUGAGUCAAAGGAGAUGCACUACUUUGUUGUCUUAUCUUCUUUGGUGUCUGUUGCAGUCACAAAAUACGCACAAUGAAAACUACUUAAGCUGCACCACCGGUUGGAUCUCUCAAGAGCAUUAACACUUUGUGCCCAUGGGAUUCAGGGCUCAAUUAGCAGCUGUGUUUAGCUUGCGGGGCUUUGGGUAAGGAAAAUGAAUGUCUUUCUGGGAAAUUUUUCUUAUAAUCCUAAGAUUAGCGAGUUCUGGCCCAACUGCACUAACCGCUGCUUAGUUUCCAGGCUCAACCUUUUAAGCUCUAUACGGCUCAGAACCCCAGUCCCUAAAGGACUGCCUCUUCCCAUAUGUACCUGCCUGGAGACCACAAUUCCAAAAUCAGUGGGGAGGGUAGGUAGUGAUCAGAGAAUGGGCCUUUCCUGUCAUUUGGAAAUGACAGGAGGCACACCUGGAGGCACACCUGGCUCUGACUUUAUUAUCAUUUCAGCACCGGAUUAAAAAGUUUUCAUUCUCUUGGGCAUGUGGGCAGCUUUAAUAAUAUGAUUCUUACAGUUAUUCAAUCAAGCUUUAGUGUGUGCGUUUUUACAAUUGUUGCACUGAUAAUUGUGCAUUGUUCUUAAUAUGUUUGCAUUGGGUGGGGUUUCUGGAAUGAGUCCCAGCAGCAGCAGCAGCCCUAUGUAAGGUUUUCUAUGUGAAAUGGGGCUUUCUCCCCUUCUAUGCCCCUUGCACCCCCCAGAAUUGGCUUGGGAGAACCCCCAGAACUGGGGAAGGGGGAGAGGUGAAGUUGAAUUGCAAUUUUGGCACUCUUUUCAAGACUGUAAAGAAAGGAUUGCAAGUGGAGAUAAAAAGAUUGCUCAAGCAGCAGGGCAUAUUGAAGGGAAUGCAAUAAGACACUGCAUACUAAAAUAGUUCUUCUGUGUGAAAAGUAUAGGAGUUGGAACGGCAGCAGAUAACUGUGAAAUAAAGGAGCACCAAAAAUAGAUGGGAAUGCAGUAUCCUUCAGCAUGAGAGUCAAGAGUGUAAAAGCCAAAAAAAGCUUCUUUUGGUAUGUGUCUGAAAUUGUAGUUGCAGGAAGUGGGGCUACAGAUACGUUUACUGAUGGUUACAUGGACUGAACUGGACAUUUCUGCAACAUGGUUAAAGCGCUGCUACCAAAAGCUGAUGAUGUGAGGCUGCAGUCACAGAAUUUAUUCCAGGCGUCUUAGAAUGCAACCUGAGGUACAGUUCCUAAAAUCAGCCUCAUCAACAAGUGCAAUGCAAAUCCUAGCAGUCCCCUUCAGGAAAAAAAGAGAGAGGGGAAUUUUCCAUUCAAUUCUCUGCUUGUGUGGUACCCACAUUCUUGGGGGGCAGGGAGAGAUAUAAAACAUAUGUCUUGGGAUAAUGAACAAAAAACUGUUCAGCUUCCAAACAUAAAUCUUUCAGAAACAAAAGCUGAAAAUUAAAAUGCAAAAAGGCCUCACACACUUUAAAAAAGAAAGAAAAGAAAACAUGGUUGAUGAAUUUGAUUUAAUAUUAGAAAUGUGUGCUAGAAUAAAAGUUCAGAUUUUGUUCAAAAAGCUGAUAACGCGGGACUGCCUGUGUGUAUCUUUGAAGAUGGAAUUUCACAACUGGGGAUUUACUACUGAAACAGUCCUCCUUUCUGGUGUGUACCUGCAGAGCCCAUCUCAGCAGGCUCAUGCUAUAUGAAACAGGGCUUCUCACAAACUUAAAGCAUGCAAAAAGCUACAAUAUUGAAUAAAAAAUAACUGUAACUGCUGAUCACUGCAUGUUUUGCAAUAAGGGAACCGAAGUUUAGGUUUGACUUUCCCUUGCUCAGAAGCAGUAUUUUUGUUUGCUAGUCCUAGUCCACUUAGCCAUGCAAGAGAGGUUUCAUAGCACAUCCUAAAAUAUGCCCCAGAAUUCUCUUCAAUGCACAAUAAUUUCAUGGUCUGCAUGGCCUCCGCAGGCAGUAACACAGCCUUUUCAGGCAGUAGCUGCUGGAGGGAAGUCAAUGCUGAGUGAUGAGGUGCUGUAGGACAGAGCUGGGUGUCCCAUGUAGUCUCCUCUGUGCCCUCUAAGCUAGCCUGCCUGCUGCCCCAUCACCACUGAUGUUGAAGUCCAAUUUGUUUCUGUUUGUGGAAAGUAGGGGCAGAAUCUGGUUCUUUGCUUCAGGGAGCAAAACGUCUUGGACCAGUCCCGUCUCUUGGAAGCCAAGGCUGUGUACCUGUUUACUCUGUGUUCAGUGUGCUCUCACUGCUGGUUUGGGAAGCGGUGUACACACGACGUUAGCCAUGAUCCAUAUCCGUUCUGUAUCUGUCCUGCCAUUUCUUAUGGAAUACUAUAUUUUCAUGUGUUUUUGCCCAAACCACCUUUGAUCUGAAUUGAGAGAAAGAAUGGCCAGCUGUAUUUUGAGCUAAUAAUGUAUGUGUGGGCCCAGGCCAGGUCUGUAUGGAAAAAGGGUUUCCCUUGUGUUAGAAUGCUUGAAAAUGACAGAUCUAUGGAGUAGAAAUGAGAGCAAUCUGAAUAGAAGCCAAUAUUUGUCCUUCUCUUGGUUCUGAGUUUUUAGUUUUGCUUUUAAUGCCUCUGGAAGGAUUCCUAAAGCACAGCUUAAGCAUGUCUUGUUUGUUUAUUUGUAAAGAGACCUCAUAUCAGAAGCAUCAGCUGCCUCCACUUCUGAGGAUCCUUGUUUACUCUUCUCCUUUCAGAAUGAUGCUGGAGGACAGCGAGUGCUAGUCCAUAAGUGGAGCACCUUCAACAAGGCCCGGCUGGUGUGCUCUGUCCCAGGACCAGAUGGCAUUGAUACAUACUUUGAUGAACUGGGUAAGAGAAACGAGCUCAGGAUUGGUUGCCUUUCAUAGGAUUAGCUCCUCAGUUUGUCAGCUGGAAGCCAAACCUUGAAAAGUGGGGCUUAGUUUGGCAAUAUGAGGAGAAUGGGGGGGGGGUCCAUCUCAGUGAACAGUCAGGGGGCACCUCAUGGCUACAGCAGUGCUCAAGCUAAGGAAAUAUGAAAGUGAGCAGUGCUUUGGAUGGGAGACCACUAGAAGCCCCAUCUCCCAAGACAUGGGCCAUGUUGUCUGGAGCUAAUGAGAAUUGGAGUCUAACAACGUCUGGGAGCCACAGCUUUCCCACCCUAUGAAUAGGCGAUGAAGGUAACAUACUUUUGCGUUAGGAAAUCACUAAAAUCAGGACUGGCCCAAGACGUUUUGUUGCCUGAGGCAGGGCAGCAAAUGGCACCCUCCCCAACCUAGUCAAGGUGGACAGUUCCUAAAGCUUGCCAGGAUUGCCAAAAUAUUCCACAAGCACUUUUCCUUCUCUCUAGCACUAAUAAUAUAACAACAAUAUGAACAGUAAACACUUUGCUGCCUUUCUGUAAUGCCCCAAAUCUGCUGCCUGAGCUGCCUGCCUCAUUCUGCAUGGUGGUAGGGCCGGCCCUAUCAAUUGUAUGUUGGGGACUACAAGUGUGUUACAGCCUGUGAGUGCCUUCUGGAUGGGCCACCAGAUUUCAGGAGCUGGGCAUUGAGAGCAGUGUGUGAUGAAGUGGAUGUCAAGGUCACACAGUUCACCUGAGUAAGAUAUUUGGAAAUCGCAGUGGUAGUGCCAAAUAACACAUACACACACCGAUCUUUUCAGCUGUCUCUUUGGUACCAGCAUCCAUCAGCCCCCAGCUACUUGCAUACCAUAAGCAAUCCAAUUGACUAAAGUUUCUUGGCAUGUGUAUGUUGGUAGGCCAAUGAUCAAAGUUAGGUGCAUGGGAGAGCCCUUUAAAUGCUGUGAAUCAAACAUCUCUUAAACAGAGGAUGUCUUUCUCCUGAGGACCAAAGAUGGGAAGAGCCCUGAGAUCUAUGCACUCUUUAGCACCAUCAGGUGAGAUUAUUCUGUUGUUUGUUUGUUUUUUGCUUCUGAGGGGAACCUUGAGAUGUCUAGCACUAUAUACCUUGACCGAACAACUCUCAUCCAUACAAAUCUUCUCUGAGGGCCUCUCCGGAUUGGUGUUAUUUCUGUGAGCCUAUUCUCCAGUAUGUCGUUGAUGCAAUAAUAGUGCAUUAGUAGUGGAUUUAUGACAGACUGUGUACAUAUCAUUCCUCUUUGUUAGUUGUUCUCUGAUACUUUGCCAGUGUUCUUUGCAUUAUUGCCAUCUGGAGGGGCACUCUGGUACUAUUGGGGGACAAAAAAAGAAAAUGCCAGAACUUUUGUGGUAUGAAAAGUUGCAGGAUUUUACCAGGAAGUUACGGGACAUGUACUGAUCAGAAAUGAAGCAGGUGCACACAGUGUGGAAACUUGGAUUGCGUAUAACUUCCCCUAUAUCAUCAGUAGCACAAAUCGUCUUGUGUUUCUCUAGUGAAGGACUAGUUAUAGCUUGCCAGUUUUUCAGUACUUAUACUGUUAAUUUGAAGAAUGGAGGCCAUGCGCUCUGAUAUGGAAUUCCUAAUAUCUGAUUAUAUACAAUCCUCUUGGAUGAUUUUGAAGCAUUUACAACUGGAAAUGUAAGGCUGUAUUUUACCUCACUCCCUAAUAUACCGAAGCAUUGAAUACACACAAUACUAAAUAUUAAGACAGUGACUGGAAAAAAUGUUCUUUCCCCAAAUAGGUUCUAACUAUGGGUAAACCUUUCUCAUUACAGCAAUGUCUUCCAAGGCUUUGCCAUUUGCGUAUAUCGUAUGGCAGACAUCUGGGAGGUUUUUAAUGGACCAUUUGCUCAUAAAGAUGGCCCAGACCAUCAGUGGGCAGCUUAUGAGGGCAAGGUGCCUUACCCGAGGCCAGGAGUUGUAAGUAAUUCAUACCUGAACUAUGAAAACAAUCUUAAACACUUGUUUAGAAAAAGAACUUGCUAACCAUAGUUUUUUUUACUUAAUAAUUAAUGCUGAUUUCGGAUAUUAUCUGUCAGUGCCUUUAAGACCCUGGCUGUAUAUCUGAAGUUUGUGACUAGCAGUAUUUUAUGGGGCAGGAGAUGUUAGGAUGAACUGGCGACUCCAUGCAAAACAAACAAAUGGCCUUUCAGGAAAAGUCCCCUGUUGACAUGCAUGGAAUAUGGCAUUUGGUUGGGUUUUUUAAAAAAACAAAAACUAUCAACUUCUUUUUGUGGAACAGUGUUAAGGCAUUAAUCCAAGUUGAAAAAUUGCAAGUGGGUGACGUUCUGAUUGGGAAGCAGACAUUUCUGAGGGGUAGCACAAGUGACUGAAGUGUCUGCAACAGAGAGACAUCACAGAAGAUAAGCACAUAGUCCAGGUAGAGCAAGUUCCGAGAGCAGCCAAGGGCCAGUAUCCCAGUGGUUAGAGCACAUGCUUUGUGUGCAGAAGGUCCCACGUUCAAUCCCUGGCAUCUCCAGUAGUGCUGGGAAAUUCCCCUCUCUGAAACCUGGAGAUCUUCUGCCAGUCAGUGUAGCAUUUCCUCCGCUUUAUCCAGUCGGAACCAUUGUGUCUUGUGUUAGAUAUAUUUCUAGUACUUAAGACAGAAGCAAACAGUGGACUCUUCCUAACGAGGUCAACUGAGACCUGGGCUGAUUUAUAAAUGAAUUUCCCAGGGGCUUCUGUCUGGUACUAUAUGCUGAACUAAAUGAACUUUUAGGGAUGGCAUUCACUAAAGCCGUCAAAAACUCUCUAGAGAACCUUUCUCAGCCUGAGGGCCAUGUUUCCUUCUUGGCAGCCUUCUGAGGGCCACAUGCCAGUGGUGAGUGGGACAAGAGUCAAACGUGGACAGAGCAGUGAGUGACCUUUAUUCAGCAAGCUAGUUCCUACAACCCCCCACCCCACUCCAACUCCCAUCCAGGCAAGCUAGAGUCGUUUGCUGACACAUUCCAGCUGGGCAAAAACACUCAAGGCAAGUGAAAGGUGUGGCUGGAGAGGAAGCGUGGCGUGGGCCAAGGGCCAGAUAUAGGGGUGUGUCCUGAGGUUCCCCACCCCUGCCCUAGUCAGAAUCAUAGGAGACUUUUCAUUGUGAUCCUGCUCUAAGGUGGAUAAGCAGCAGGAACAGAGCCCCAUUUGGCUGAAAUGCUGUUCUUUUCCCUCCGUUCCAGUGCCCCAGCAAAACCACCAAUCAGCCAAGCCGGCAGUACUCCUCCACCAAGGACUACCCCGACGAGGUCCUGCACUUUGCCCGUGCCCACCCACUGAUGAGCAGAUCCGUGUACCCUCUGCAUCGCCGGCCUGUGCUGGUGAAGACCAACCUGCAGCACCGCCUGCGGCAGAUAGUGGUGGACCGUGUGGAAGCUGAGGAUGGGCAGUAUGAUGUCAUGUUCAUUGGCACAGGUGCAAUUGCGUGGAGCGUUAGGGCUUGGUGAUGUUGGGGGUGGGCAUCUGUCAAUGUGGAAAUGAAUAUUAGAGGCAGUCUCUUGAAAUUUUGCAUGCUCUGAGGCUGAGCUUGGGUAUGGAAAACCAGGUUUGGGGCCAACUAAGUACUUGUGAUCCCUGCAUCAAAUUAAAGCUUUUUGUAUAUGAACUGAAACCCUGGGGGCCUCGGCAAAGUUUCCUGCUGUCUUACAGAAUGACUCUUGAAGCUUGCCAGCUUCUCUCUUUCCUCGGGUUCCCACCCACAUUUACUCUUUGUAGGUGAUUGCUGUUUUGGAACUUGCGUUUAGCAUUUAUCCAUUAUUGUUCUGUCCUAGGCCACUGUAUCAAUAAGCAUUAUUUCUGUAUCCAUAUUAUGAUACACUCCAUUCUUAGGCGAGAUAAAGUACCUACUUGACUAGAUGCAAGAAGUUGAAAAGUUCCUUGAAAUACCAAGGUGUGGAAGAAGAGGGCAAAAUACUUUUGAAGGGGCUCUCCUCUUUCAUCUUGUCCCAGUGAGCCAAUGAAGCUACCCCUCUCUCAGCUGAGAAACAAUUUCCCUUAAACUAGCAUAGGCUUCCCACAAAAUAGCUCAUAAGCAAAAAGGAUUCAAGGACAGGAGAAGUGAAGAAGACAUCCAUGAUCACACAUGCAGUCAGUGGUGUAAAUUGGAGUCAAAUCCCAGCUCUCUCUCGAUUUCCAAUAGCAGCUUUCUUUGUGUCUUUUAUAAGUGCUUUCUGUGGGAAUAACAUGGUCCCCAAGGACAAGCUGUCUUUCUUUGCAAGCUUCUGUCCAUGGUAGAGAUCAGUGGUCAAAGAGGAGCAGGCUUUUGCCUCUGACAGAAUGCCUGGUGGCCACAGAGGUAGUUGCCUUUGUUUCACGGUUCUCCCUUUGCUGCUUCCUAGAUGCUGGCUCUGUACUGAAGGUUAUAGCCCUUCAGAGAGGCAACUUUGCAGCAGCCGAAGAAGUCAUUUUGGAGGAGCUUCAAGUAUUUAAGGUGAGAUAAAAAAAAAAAAGGCAAUGUGUACAACCUGAUCCCGGAACAGAUAUGCCAAUCAUGACUGUAUUACACAGACAUGUAAUCAGCUAAGUAUUCUUCUUUGUUCACGUGUAGAUUGGAUUUAUCCAGGGCUUUUUUUUUAGUGGGAACUCAUGGAAACUCAGUUUCAGCACCUCUCGGGUGGGCACCAUUGCCAUUCUAAGAGAACAAGAGAGGUGUUCAUGGUGAGUUCUGGCACCUCUUUUGCUAGAAAAAUAGCACUGGAUAUACCUCUCUUGCACAUGCUUGCAGCAUGGAUGCAUAUUUGUGUACUAGCAGAUAUUACCUGUCUAAUUUUGUGCUCAUGUCACAGAAGAAGCGUAUUUGUUAUAGCCCAGUUUCCACACACUGUGCUUUUUAUCUUAUGCCAUAUGUCAUAGGACAUGGCAUUUCAAUAUUACUAAAGCUCUAAUCCUGAACAAUUUCUUUGUCUCUCUGUUUGUGCGUGUUCCUGUGCCUUUGUUUUUGUGUGAGAAUACGGGGGAGCUGAAUGACCCUAUAUCUCUGUAGGAAAUGCAGGACAGAAAUGUGCAGUUGUGGGAGAUUGGGGCAGGGAUCAGUUCUGCGGCAUGUUUUACCUGAGAGGCCAUUUCUUUUUCUCCCUUCAGGCACCAGUCCCUAUUACUGAGAUGGAAAUAUCUGUCAAGCGAGUGAGUAAUGAAUUACUACUUUAAAGUACAGGUGUGGUGGUGGAGAAGCCGCUGUGCAGAAAUGCCUUAGAAAUGCUGGCCAAGCCAUUGGCUACUGCAGGCUCUGGUGGUGGCAGUCCAGCACUGUUAUCAAAAUAAAACCCUAUCUAUUAAAGACCAAAGACCCCUGCAGCAGCUUUAUAAUAAAGGUUUGUUUGUUUUAAUCCCCGGAGAUCCAAUCACAGAUUCCCCAUCUGAUUUCUGUUUUGACCCUCAAUUUCACAGCCAUACAUUAUGUGUGUAGGAGGCAUUAUGUAUUGGCAGGUGAGGUGGGUGGGACACUUCUGGAGAUGCUCAUAGGGUUCUCAUUAACAAGGCUGAACAGAAAUAAGCAUGUUUCACUACAAAGAUGGACCUCAGUUUUAGACUCUGCUAUACCAAGACAGCAACCCAAGGGUCAAUGCAAAAUAAUUCCACUCUGUUAAACACUUGAAUCAUUCAUAAACUGCAAGGUCCUUAUUUUAGUACAAUCCUGACAUGCAGAACCUCAGUCAUGUACAUUUUGCUUGCUCUUUGACCUUCUUCACCACCUGAACUUUUUUUUUUUGGUCCAAACAGAUAAAAUUCCUCUACUUCUGUAAUGUUUGUUUAGAUCUGUAAAUAGACCCACCCCCUGGACUUUAAUCAUCAUCUAUUAUUUAGUUCCCAGGAAAGCUAGCAGAACUGGUGAGAGCUUUCCUACCCUUCGCCAUUUCCCAUAAAUCACGCUGCAUUAGAGUCCAAGCAUGCAACACACGCGUCCCUCUUUACUCCUUGUAACCUGAAAGGCUGCCUUUCACUCCCUGUAUACCUGACAGUGUACUUCUGUUGUGACCUGCAACAUUCCUUGUAUUGCUCUCCCACCUGGAUAUUGUAUCUAGAACUGUCAGCCUGUUUUGCAAUCCCCUGGUUGCUUUAGAUUUCGUUCAGGCAAAUCUUAACCUAAUUAUUCUCUAGCGUCCCAGUAGCGAAUUUGAAAAGCGUAGCUUUUAUGGAGAAUUGUCUUCAGGCAAUUGGCUCCAAUUGCAGCCCAAGUUUCUGUUUGCCAACCUGCAGUCCAAAAUAUCUGGAGGUUACCAGGUUGGCAAAGGCUAUUCUACCGGGUGCAGGAGAUGAGCUUCUUCUGGAGAGAAAGGAGUGCAUCAAAGCUACACUGCAAGGCUUUGCUCCCUUAGCUCUCAUAGGAAUGCUGUUGAAAAUGUUGGUUGGAAAGUAAAGACUCUGCAGUUUAGUACUGCUCCAACUCACCUAGCCUCCUUUGUUUUGACAGCAAAUGUUGUAUGUAGGCUCCCGGGUGGGAGUUGCCCAAGUGAAACUGCAUCAGUGUGAGACAUAUGGGACAGCCUGUGCUGAGUGCUGCCUAGCACGGGACCCUUACUGUGCCUGGGAUGGCCUCACCUGCACCAGGUACCAGGCAUCAGGCAAGCGUCGUUUUCGUCGGCAGGACAUCCGGAAUGGGAACCCCAUGCACCAGUGCCUGGAUCAAAACUUGACAGGUGAGGAAACGUGCAAGGUACAUACCCAGACCAGUAGCUGUGGGCUAUGAAGAGAAUGGGGCAGCUGUGUACGCAAUACACUCUGUUGCAGUGCAAGCUCUGUAAGCUAGCCCAGUGGCAAUAUGUUUGCUGUUGUAUUGCUCUCUUUUUUGUCACAACGCACUCAUUAGAUAAGAGGCCAUGAGAGUCUCACAAAAUUACCGUCUAUUUAUUUGGGAGGAGGUAUACUUACUUACUCAUUUCAUUUCAUUUAUUUUGCAUUUCUAUCCCACCUUUUUCUCCAGGGAGCUCAAGGUGGCAUACAUGGUUCUCCUUCUCCUCAUUUAAUCCCCGCAAAAACCAUGUGAGGUAGAUUAGGCUGAGAGCAAGUGAUUGGCCCAAGGUCACCUAGUGAAAUUCAUGGCUGAGUGGGAUUUAAGCCCUGGGGUCUCCCAGGUCUUAGUCCAAAACUCUAACCACUACAGCACACUGCCUCUCUUCCAGCCAAUCUCCCAGUCCCCUACUUCAAGUAGCUUCAGCCCCACCCACCCCUCCCAAUCUCCCAUGGCCUAGAAUCUAAUAAUGUAGGCAGGUGUUCUAAGCAAGCUGGUGGGGGCGGAGGCAAGCAUUGCUUGAGUGUUACAAGAAAGCAGUACAGCCCAGGAAUUCAGUUAAGAGAAGUGUAAAAAGGUGAGGCUGUGGGGGUGAGUAGGAUAAACAUUAAAUAUGUUUCAAGACAGAAAAUUAAAACUCUAAAUCAGAUUGUUGAAGCUAACAUAGAUGAUCACAUGAUGAAUGACUAUGGGUAAGAUGCCAUGUUUUCUUUUUAAAACUGCAGCUGUAGCAAAAAAAUAAAAAUAAGAAGAAACUAUGCCAGGUUGUGUUCUAUGAUGUUUAAUUUGGGUGAUUCUUAUUUGCAACUAAAAGCCAGAGGGGCCAAUGAGGAAGAGUCCCUGUAGGUAGGGAAUGCUGAAGACAGUCAUCUCUAAUAGGUGAGAAGUCUGGUGGAGAGGUUAAUAUUUUACUGCCAGACAGGAAAAAAUGGUGCUGGUGUGGGACUUGGCUGGCAGGACAUCCUGAUAUGAUGUCUGCUAUUCCAGAUACUUACAGGGAAGUUUUAAAACACCAGGCUUGCCAGUCUCAAGGAUUCUUAACGAGGGCAUUGUCAUAAGCCAUAUCCACAGCCCUUGAAAACACGGGGUGGUGGUGAAAACGGCAACCGUUUGGGCAGCUAGCAUUAGCUGAGGCUUCCAUUAUGUUAUCACAGAUGUGCCUCAGAGGAGCCUUCAUGCACAUAGAAAAAAAUUAAUUCUUUUAGUGUCCCCAGGUGUACAGGUCAAGCUUUUGCUUGCAUGUGACAGAGCUCUCUGUGCCAAAGAGCCACACAACAAGUCCCUGGCUCAGCAAGGGACCCAGCCCCCAACCCCUCCCCAUGUUCAGCUGCAGUAUUCUGCCUUGUUAUGCAAGCCGUGGCCCUCUGCAAGGAGAUGGGCUCUUUCUGCUCAGCUAGCAGUCUUUGAUAUGUGCACCCUCCUGUUUCCAUAGUGGAUGAUUUCGACAGCACGGAGGAGAAGGUGGUCUAUGGGACGGAACACAACAGCACCUUCUUGGAGUGCAUCCCAAAGUCACCCCAGGCUGCGGUGCAAUGGUUUGUACACCGGUCUCCAGAAGAGUUAAGAGAUGAGGUGAGGCCAGUCCCGUUCUCCACUUUCUCAAUACUUUUGCUUCCUUUUCAAUAGGAUUUUUUUAAAAAACAAAAAACUCUUGCUAAAUGCAUUCAAAUUCUAACCUUAUUCUUCCUGCUUUUGGGUGUAGGGAGGUAUUCACCACCACUGUGAAUUCAACGGUUAAAACUUUUUUCUGCCAUGAAAAUGUGCUAAUAAAUAUAAAUGAUUUAAACAAGUAAAUACCUAAGCCCAUUCUACCCAUUAUGCAGAAUGAGCUGGGAGACUGAGGUGGAAGAAUUUUGCAUAGGUACCACUUCAGGCUGCAGGUAGGGCAUGUAUCUCCCCGUCCCCCACUUAAAUGCUUCCCCCACAAACGGUUCCUUCUAUGUGCAAACUAGUCCAUCAGGUAGAGGAAUAUACAAAACUUCUGCCUGUGGUUUUUGCAGCCUGUGGGUGGUUUUUGUUUUGUGUCUUAAUGGGAGAAAGCAUUCAAAGAUAUGCUCCCUCACUGCAGUCUGUAGUGGUGCAGUUCAGAAUUCCACCCUCUCUCCAGCCACUCUGCGUAACGUGUUGAAAGGCUUUGUCUAUGCCUAACACACAGGCUGGGAGAAGCGGAAGUGGUUAGUUCCACAGAGUGCAGAUGACCACGGAUAUUCAUUUGGAGUGCCACCAACAAGGAGCUGGCUUGUGUCACAUCCUGUAUUAACAUCCAGUUAAUACAGACACCUCCUGCUCAGAUAUCAACAGAUUCUUUAGGACCUUUUCUUUGUACUUCCAUCUGGCCCCUGUCAUCUCACGUGCUUUCCCCCAUCUAGACCCUCGCCUCACUUCUUUAACCUUUCCUCAUUUGGUUUCUUAGCCUUGCCUGCUGCAUGGAUCUCCGCUAGGAAUUCUUGAAUUAAGCUGAAAAUGGAGAAGCCCACGCUCCUACUGUGUGAGGUCUCGCCUCUCUCUUCCCAGAGUUAGCAGGCUAGUCUAAUUCCCAGGAAGCUGGGUUGAGAAAGAUGUGAUAAUAGUGUGAGGUUUCUGAAGGGGAACUCUCUGGAGCAAAAGGGGCAGUUGAAGGCUGGGCUGGCCAGUAAACACAGCUGCUAAGUUACAGUCCAAGACUGGCAAUUGCUAAUAAGGACAGCUCUGGUGUCAUAAAGAGAGCAAAGUGGUGUCAAGACUCUCUCCUACCUCCCUCCAAACCCCAUAGCUUUGUUAAAGGACCACACAGAGCAUUGGAAUGCGUCGUUCCUGCUUGGUUCCUUGUUCUGUAUGUAAGACAAAUAAAUACAAAUCAUUCCAGCGUAAGGGGGGGGGGAGGAAAACAUUAAAUGGAUUCUUAUGCGCCUCCACCCUGUUUUUUAAGUGUAGAAUUUGAAUGCAGAAGCAUUCGGAGGCAAGGCUUGUGUCAUAGGACCUGCCCGGAAUAGUUUUACAGGUGAAGAAUGUUCAGAGGAGAACAAAGGCUUCAUCUAGACUGAGCCUGUUAUGUCAUUCUUCAUGCACUUAAAAAAAAAAAAAAAGCAAAUGAAGCUUAUCCAUCUAGUAGUUUAGGUGGUCCUCCUGGGUGGAGGAAUUAGCUUAGGCAACUGCUGCUUCCCUAGAAAGGGUGUUGGUUGCUUAUACCAUAGGCAUGAGACCCCCAGAGACAGUUACAGCUUAAUUGCCAAGAAGGGAUAGGCAGAGACAGGGAGGCUGUAUGGAUGGGGAAAGUGAUAAGAUGAGAAGAGUUGGUUUCUUUACAGAAAAUGGUUGGACGUCCAAUCUCAGCCCGUGUUGAGGGAAUCUGACAAGUGCAAUGCUGUGCAAGCUUGAGACAAUGGCAGGAGAACAGCUGGGACUUGUAUUCCUUAGCAGGAGGCAGGACUCCAGGCUGGGACAAUCCUGCCUGCUCCAUAUGAAAGGAGGCUUGCAGCUUGAUAGGCUGUUUCAGGAGAUAAUAAUACAGAAGUAAAUGAACUUUAGCUCAAAGAGCAAUGGAAGCAAACAUCCGAAUUGUACUGACUCUCCUCUUUUGGGCUUCACAGCAACUCCCCCAACUGCCACCAACCCUUGUCUCAUUCUUCAGCAAUGUAUCAGUAUCUGGGAUUGUGUGUAUGCAUUAUUUUUUAAAAUCUGCAUCAAGAAACCCUGAAUUCAUUGUCCUGAAUAAAUCAUGUGAAUGAGACAACUACCCUGCACCAUUUAUUCCAUCUCUUCUAGUUAAGAGGAAGAGGCAUGAUGUAUUUCUGACCACUGGAAAUUCCUCACACACUUGCCUCCUCUGAAUCUUCACCAAGGAUUGUGAGACAUAAUUUCAAACAUGUCUCCACAGCAUCUCUGUAAAUCAUGGAAUUUUUGGGGAGCUGUAAUUUUGCACCCAUUACUGCAGGGAUCUACUUGAUGAUAGCAGUGCCACUGCAAACUUCAGAAAAAUACUGGCAACCCUUUCUCUUGAUUCCCUGAAAUGCCUUGAAUAUAGAAGUGCAGAUCUGUAAUUUUAGACUCCUUUCCAUAGUGUUGUGCAUUACUUCAAAAUGUGCCCUCCUGCUCAUUCUACUGCGGAGACCCUGAAGUCCUGCCAUGAUGGCACCCCUGCUUUAGUAAGCUACAGGGCACCACCACCCAGAAUCUAACCUCCUGCUCCAUUUCUUUUCCCUUAACCCUUUUUCUCCAGGUGAAAACAGAUGAUAGAAUCAUGAGGACAGAGCAAGGACUGCUCUUCCGGAAGCUUUUCCGCCAGGAUGCGGGAACAUAUUACUGCAAGGCUCAGGAGCAUGGCUUCACUCAGACCGUCACCAAAAUCAUGUUGGAGGUGAUUGAGAGCGAGCAGCUGGAGCAGGUCUUUCAGCGGGAGCAGGAGGAGGAGCCGCCUCGCCCGCUGUGCCGGGUGCCUGAUCCCCGCAUGCUGCAUGGGCAAAGGAUGUGGUUCAAAGACAUCAUGCACCUCAUCGGCUAUUCCAACUUGCACCGGGUAGAGGAGUACUGUGAGCGCGUGUGGUGCGGAGACCGCCAGCUGCGGCACAAAGGCAGGCCCCCCAAGAGCAAGAACAUGCUGGAUGGUGGCAAAAAGGGGAGGGGCAAGCAGCACGGAGAGAGGAACAGGGUCCCUAGGCAAGCGGCUGCCACAUAAGUGGAAAGGGAGCCGACACAUGGCAGGAGGAGAACAUGAGAGGAGGAAAGUCGGCAUGGGCCAACCUUCCUCCUCGAGAAUGAAAAUCAGCCCCUCUAGGAACUGUCCUUAUGAUAGGAACUUGUCCUUUUGGAAGGGGCCGCCUUGCUGAUCAGCUGAGCCUGGAGACAUUCCUUGCUGGAAGCACAUCACUUCCCUCUGUCACUUGCAUUGGAGACAAGGACUCAAACACCAGACCCAUUUCCUUCCUAUUCUGUCUUGUAUUUCACUUGCACCUUGGGGGGUUGGUUGGUUGGUAUCAGGUCUGGGAAGGUGUGGGUUGGCCUGAAGACACUACUCUCUCCAUGCAGUUGUUGUGUAUAUUCUGUUGCCGCCCCCGGUGUUCAAUAUGACUGAGCCACAAAAUGCAGAGACAUAAGGGUUGAGGAUCUAACCAUGUGGCAAAGGAAAACCAUCCCCAGAAGUACCAGAAGACAAGCCAACAGCACUCUGCUUAGACGUCUGGGUGGGAAUAGUGGUGAGUUCCUGCUGGGAAUGGGCAGGAUGGAGGCAGGCAGGUCUCUCCUGCAGCUGACAAGUGACAGGCACAUUCAGCUGCACGCAACAUGUGACAAAAAUCGCCUCUCUGAAGAGAGCGAAUGUGGAUUCCAGUGGGAUCCCACUGACCCCCAGCAAAAAUGGAUAAGGAACUAAUGUGAUUAAUGAGCUAUGGAUUGUAAUUGUUCUUUGGUGGUAGUGAGGCAAAUUCUGUUUGUCAAUCUUAGGGACUUCAUCUGUCCAGAGGCAGGAAGCAGUCUAAAACUUUGGGGGGAUUUUAACUGAUGCGGCUUAAUGUGGUCAUUUGUGAAUGCAAAGCCUACAUUGACCAGAAUGUUAAUUCACCUUGCCAGUUGCUCUCUUCUGCUUGACCAACAGUCUUGAUGUUAACACUAAUAGUGCAAAAAGAGGCUCGACGGGAAUUUAUAGGCCAAAGAAAACGUUAUGUUGCAGCUGUACUACAUUAGCCUGCUACUACUCAGUUACAAGGCUGGGGCUUUCAGGGUGGGAAGUGAGUGGCAGGAGAGGAGUUAAGCACAUCCUUCCACCUGCCUCCUUCCUGCCACUAUGUGUGUUGGAGCUGAGAAGAAGCCACCAGGCUAAUAUUUAUACGUGGCUGCAGCCAUGUAACACAUAGCUUGGCCCUCAGUUGUACAUAUGUGAAUUUUGCAGGCUGCCUCAUACCACCCAGAGCAGACUUACAUCUUUCCCACCUGUGUCUUUUGAGCAUUCUUAGCUGCAUUCGCUGAGCCAGGCAACAUCUCUUCAAGCCCGUGUCAGAACUUUGGCUUUAAGUGCUCUCCGUCUUUCAUUCCUGUAUCUCUGAGGCUGUGUUGAUCCCCUAGAUGAAACUGAUUAAGCGCCAACAGCUGAAUGAAAACCACCAGUUUGUUCAACAAAUAAAUUAAACCCUUAUGCAGCAAGCUC